AUCUCAAGAUGGCGACCUCCUCCAACUUGUUCUAUGGCGGCAUCGAAGGGUAAGAAGAAUCAUGACUUACUUAAUUUUCAAUUUAAUUUUCCUUCUUGAAGAAGAAGAAGAAAUAACGCAACUACUUCCCUUUGAUAUGACCGUGAGGGAGCUUAAGCUAUGACGACGGCGACGGGCAACAAGAACGGCUAAUAAAGAAAAAGGUUAUCGAGAUAAACGACAAACUUUGUAAAUUUACUUGCCGUCACUGCACGACUACGACGUGAAAAGGCAUAAUACAAGGUUUUAUGGAGGGCACCUUUUCUUAGGAAAAAAUAGAAUUAAAAUGCUAGGUUAUCGGUAACACUUUCCGGCGAAAAGGUUUGGAAACUUCAAAAGCUUAUAUGAUAAACUUGCAACACUGGCAAACACAUGGUAGUCCGGUUAUAAUGUCAUAAUCAAAAUGAAAAUCGUAAAAAUUUUGUAAUUGGAUCAGAAGUUAUCAGGAGGCAGUUGCUUAAACAGAGCUGUCACUGAGAUUUCAAGUUGGCGGGUAUAGGCAAUAAACAGGCGGGAAUUAAUAAAGCUACAAAGUUCUUUUGGUUCCAUUUCCUUUGGUCUCCUAUGAAAGUAACUGGGGAUCAUGUUCAUGGUAGCUGCAGGAAAUCCCCGAUUGUCGGCCCUUAGUGACAGCCCUGAUAAAUCUUACUGUAAGAUAAAUUAACAGCUAAGACCUGUACUGAUGUUCAGUUCAGUCAAACUUUAUUAUUUUACUGCCAGAAUUUAUAAGAUAUGUGGGGUUGAACCUUUUUGCAAAAAAGGAAAAUAGUAGAGGGAGAAUUUACCUGUGAUCAAUUUUUUUUUUGAGAAGAUGGAGAAAAAAAGAAUGCCCGAGAUAUGUUUUCCAAGCCAGCAACUGCUCGCUGCUUAACAAAAAACUUAUUUGGUUAACCUGCCAUCAAGGCGCGAAUGACAUCUGCCACCAAAUACCUGGAUGUGUACAGUUAUUACUUCCAGGUUCUGGCUUUUUUGCAUGUGAAACCUGUAGGCUGCUUUACCUUUAUGAAUGAAAGGUAACAUAACCUCUCCAAUAAACGGCACCCACUGGUAUCUCAACUAGGUCAGGUCCUAGGGUUUAACUUUAAGUACCCAUUAACCCCUUAUGCCCAGUUUUCUUGCUCAUUCUGUGGUUGAAUAAACUCAUUCUAUUUUUAGUGGUGGGACAGGCUCAACUGCCAUAAUUUUAUCAAAUGAUGGAAAAAUUGUUGGCCGUAGUACAGGACAGGGCACAAAUCAUUGGGUACGUAACAUGAACAGCAGUGUUUUAGUUUAAAGUCAGUUGCACCUUGCUGUUGGGUAAGACAUUGUUUGGUGACAUUAAGCCAUGGGACGUUUUAUUAUUACUGUAGAGUUAUAUCCUCAGACAAGAAACAUUCCCGAAAAGGGCUCCUCUUUUGGCUUUCGAUUCAGGGGGUGCUGUUGUAGUUUAUUGGUGAUGGGGUAGGGGCUAGCCUAGUCCCUAGGCCUCAUUAUUCCAAGCGGCCAAAUUGUUUUGGGUCACGUGGUCCAUAGCAGGGAGAUUGGUUGGUGAGAGUGCUAGAACAUUGACUAAAAUGACUGUUGUUAUUCUUCAAGCCAAGAAUUAGUAAUGGAAACUGUUUUGAUUGACUUCAUUUCAGAACAGUGAUACUCCUUAGUGGUGAAGAUAAGUCUGCGAGCUAAUUGUUUUGCCUGCAAAACAAUUUUGAUAUCUUUAUAGUGACAGCAGUGCUCUCUUGGGGGUGUUUCUCCAUUUCAAUGUAUAAAUGGGCACAUAAUUAACAUUGUGUUGUUUCCUUUGAAAAGAGACGUCCCACACAUUGACCUUCUGUCUGAGAGUUUCACAAUAUGGCCCUAGCCCAUUAAUUCCAUUUCUAGGUUUCAGUCACAUUAAGGACCUAAACACAUUCCUUUGACACUUGCUAGAUAGGAUGUUAGUUAUAGGUUAUACUCUUAGCUGCCAAUGUAGACCCAACUGGUGACAUUGUUCCUGCCAGUAUGAUUAUAUUGAAAGGCACUCAGCAAAAAAAUAAUGAUACUGGGGAUAACUUUUUGGCAAUAAAGUAUUCCAUAUACUGUGGACAGCAGCAGCAUUCCCUUGGGAAGAAGGAACUUAACCAUAUUGGCUCACACUAGAUAUUUCUUUACAUCGUUUUCUUCUCUCACCCCAUGGACAGCUGAUUGGCUUAGAAGAAUGUUUACGAAGAGUCAACGAGAUGGUGGAGGAGGCUAAAAAGGCUGCAGGUAUUGAUAUCAACAAACCAUUGGCUUCGCUGGUAAGUUAAUGUAGUCAAAUUGACUUAGAAAAAAAUUCUUAAUGACUAGAAGAAUUUGCUCAUACGCAUACCACUCCCCUUUUUUUAACCAAAUGAAUGGAAAAAUUCUGUAAUGGAUUUACCUAGGUUUUUUUUUCUUAAUUGUUCUGAAUCAUUUUUAUCAUAAUUACUGCGAUCAUGACAUCUUUCAACCGCUCUGGAGAGUGAUGGCUGUUACUCUGUCCCUUCACUUAGUCUUAUUUGCCAUCACCACUCUUUUGAGAUUGUCACAAAUUUUUAAAGACACAUUUGUUCAACCUAAACACAUAUGUCAUAUUAACUAUCUAAUACACUGGUAUCAUAAUAAUGUUAAGAGCUUUAUACCUGACUUUGCAAAUCGAGUCUGUCUUCUAUUUUGUCAGGGACUUUCACUGAGUGGCUUGGAGAAACAAGAAAUCCAAGAACAAGCAGUGUCUUUGAUGAUGUCAAAAUAUCCUAACUGUAGCAAUAAAUAUCACAUGUGUUGUGAUACUGUUGGUGCUAUUACUACAUCUUCAGAUAAAGGUAGUUUAAUCAACAGUAUCAUUAUCACUAUUACUAGAAAUACAUUGUUGCAAAAAUCUUGUGAAGCUAAAAAGGGUCAGCAAUGAGAAUAAAUAGAAACAAGCCAUUAUUGUCAAAAAGGCAACUGCAAGGACUGAUCAACCAUCUGUUCACGUUGUUUGAUCUGCAGUCCUUGCAGUUGUCUUUUUGACAAAAAAUUUAUACUUUUUUGACUUCUAACUAAUUGUGAUCUUUUUUUAUGCAAUGUUGAGAAAGAUUGAUUUUACACGGUUUUCUGCUGUGGUCGUGAACUUUAACUUUAUACUAUUAUUGUUAUUAUUAUUAUUAUUAUUAUCAUUAUUAUUAUUAUAAUUAUGUUAACUACUCUGGAAUGGUGUGGUGGUGUUGUCUAUACACUGUAAAGCGCCAUGAGCUCAGGAUAUGAGCACUAUAUACUGGUAAAUAAAGUUAUUAUUAUUAUUUUUAUCACCAUUAUUAUUAUUGCAAUUUCCUAAAGAUUACAGUUAGGAGAUGAGUAACUCUGUAAAGUAGGGUCACUUUCCAUUCUUUAAUAUAUACCCUUCCCCUUUUGAUACCUGUCACAUAGGAGCUGGAUAGACUGCUUUAUGCAUCUAUCCAGGGUAGGAUGAUCAUAGAAUGAAGAUUUUGUGUUACAAGGUUAUUAUCCCUGUGGAAUCCACUGGCAUCCUUUGGGGGUAGGAGUGAUAAUUGAGGCUCUGUGUGGUGGGGUAAUGUUCUUCAAUCCAUGUUGGACUUCUCAUUAUCCUGUGGGAAAUGUUAAGCAUCACUGAGCAAGGGAGAAUAGUUCUGGAUAGAUUAGUAUAGAAUACAAUGAAAUACUUUUUAAAAAAAACGCUUUUUUGAACUGGGGACACUUGAUUUAGAAAAAGCCAUACAAAUAUACAUGUAAGUGCUGUUUUUAACCAUUCAAACUAUACGAUGAUACUGUCCAUGUCUUUGUGUUCAAUGUGCUUAUAAUGUAAUGUUUAACCUGCGUUUUUUUCUACUCCCUACACCUAACUCUUCCAUUUCUUCCCCUUCACAACUUACCAUCCGUUCACGCUUAAUCUUUCACCCUUUCUUCCCUUUUUCUCCCGCUCGCAUGCUGAAGAUCUUAAAAUUAAAAUGUACAUUUUAUUUCACAUUCUUCAGGUGGCAUAGUGUUGAUAUCAGGAACUGGCUCCAACUGCCAGAUGUUGACCCCAAGUGGCAAAACGUUUAAUUGUGGUGGGUGGGGUCACUUGAUGGGGGAUGAAGGCUCUGGUAAGUUUACUAGGUCUAGCGUAUACCAGUAACUUUUACUGAAGUUAAGGUCAGGGUUCUGUUAAACUCAUCGUUAGCGACAAAAUUCCCGCUUUGUAAAUGAAAUAAUCACAGCGUUGUGAGUUUGCCCAUAUUUUGAUUGUGUAAUAAAUCAAUAAGCGAUUUGGGCUUUCAAAAAUAUAUAGAAUGAACUCCUCAGUGUCGUCCUCACCAUCUUUGAUCUGCAGAAUUCUUGAUCAUGAGAACUCGGCCUCAAUCGAUAACUUUUAACUACUCGCUGAUUAGCAACAGAAACGAGGUAAAGUUUAGGGCCCAGUUGUUAGAAGGCCGAUUAGCGCUUAACCCAGGGUUAAAUUUUAACCCGGGUUUCUUUCUCUUUUGUUCAAAAGCAUUUUCCCGGAUAAUUUUCUCUAUUCUUUUCAGAGCACUGGUCCAAUCAUCAAAAUUGUACACAAAAGAAUGAAACUGAAUUGGCUUGUUAAGCGUUCAUAUUUGAACCCCAAUUUCAUACUAACCCUGGGUUAUCUUUACCCUGUUUUUAACAACCCGGCCCUGGAAAUAACUGACUUGGAAAUCCAAAUUCGAAAGAUCGCUUUCAGUACAUCAAGCAACAAAAUUACAAUUAGCUUACAAGUUUAAGCUAAUUUGCAUAGUUUCUUUCCCUUGAAAAGUUACACUUGAAGCAAGUCUCUCGUCAGUGCAUUUAGUGCGUAAUGUUUUCGUUUUCUUUCUACAAUAGCAUGGUGGAUAGCCUACAAAGCCGUAAAGACAGUAUUUGAUGCCGAGGAUGGAUUGGUUCCUUCGCCGUAUGAUAUCAGCUAUGUUAAAAGAACCGUUUUUGAAUACUUCAAGGUAUAAUUGUGGUAUGAAAAAUGGAAACCUUUAGUUUCGAGGAUGAAGAAGACCACGAGAAUGCGAUUUGACUUAAAGUUUUAUUUUCGCGUAUUCUCAAAAAAUAGACUUAAGUUUACGACGCCUGAGACGUUCCACUACGAUGUUUUAUGAAAGACAACAAAUUUUCCUUUCUCUAAUGAACUUGGUUAGAGUCCUAAAUAAUUUAAUUCCAGAAAAAUUCACCUGCAUUUCACAAACUGGCCGAGUCUUCAUAAGCGUGAUAUAGUUUGAAAGAGCGCAAUUUUAAUUUUUUUACUUAUCGUUGUGGUAGCUUAAGCUCACUAAUUAUUUGUAUCCCAGCCUCGUGUUUUAUGAAAAACUUACUUUAACGACAAAACCACAUUGUGUUUGGCAUGACAUGAAUUCCACGGGCACUCUAAUCAUGAAAUAACUUAGAGAUCCUCUCAGAAAGGUAAGAACGGAGUGACACAUAUUUCAUUCAGUCACUAGGACACUCGAUUGAGUACUUGUAGGAUUAAAAAAAAGCUGAAAACUUUAUCCGAAUCAGUGAUAGUACAUCAAGUUUCCUAAAUGAUAAAAUUGAAUAGUCAUUGUAAUUGUAUGCGUUUUCAAAGAGGUGAUUAAAUAAAAUGGUGUUAACUUUUUUUUUUUUUCCACAGAUAGACAAUUUAUUUGGAAUGUUGGAUCAUUUGUACGCGAAAUUUGAGAAAGCGCAUUUUGCAGGACUUUGUAAAUCUAUAGCUGUUGGUAAGUCAUAAGUAAUCUUCCUGCCUUGUUCCCAGUCCUUCAUGAUUUCUUUAAUUUAUCCUGAGCCUCUGCUUGCGGACACACGUCUGCUUUACUCCUCUUUACUGGUAGUGCUAACUGUGAAAGAUAAAUAUUUGUUGGCUUCACACUAGAUCUUCAAGUAUAAAUGUAAGUGUACCUGGAACCUACAAUGUACUUUGAGUGUGAAGGGGUAAAUUGUACCUACUUCAACUUUACUUGGUGAUCAUGAAAACGUUCGUAGUUUUUAAGAACCGAAGUUCGCCGCCAAGUAUGGUCUGCACCACUCUUGAGAACACACUUGACCAAUAACAAAAUGGAAGCCGUGUGCACGAUGUGCACGCGCAGCGGUUCAGAUAUUCUAAUGAACGGAGAGAUUGACAGCUUUUGCUUCAAGUAAUAUACUUUGUCAACAAGUGUGAAGCCAUGUUUUCUAAAGAGCGACUUAAGAUUUCCAAGUGCACUUGAAUCAAGUGCUUACUUAAAAUUAACUUAGCUUUUAGUGUGAAGCCAAGUAUUGUUUUGCGUGCAAUCAGUGGGGAGGGGUGGGGCUUUGAAAAUGAUCGCCAAGUGAAGCUGUACAAAACGGCUAACAACCUCCCUUCAACCUUGUCUCGCCGUAGUUUGAUAGGCCUAAAAUUAAGCCAAACGUCUUCAUCCUUUGGCCCUUUUUAGUUUUUUCUUUUGAUGGUUUGUUGCCGUAAUAAUUUUCAGGGGCAGCCGAAGCCAAGGAUCCACUUUGCCAGCAUCUGUUUUUUCAAGCUGGUGAAGUUUUAGGAACCCACAUCAGGGCUGUUGUCCAGCACAUGGAUAAAGUGAGUUUUUUAGUUAGAUUCUUUUGUUCUUCAUGGCCCCUUUCCAACCUUGAUGCAUUUCAUUUUGUAAAGCAAUUGUAUAGAUCGUAGUCAUAGAUUUGUUCUUUUGCAUUUUAGUUGAUAAUUCAGUUCACUACUUCGUUGGACACAAUCUUCUUGCUUUAGACGACAGCACUACCAUUUUUUAUUAUUUACCACAACGUGCAAUGCUUAGCCAGCAUUUUUCGAUUCUUUCAUUCAGGGAAAAUGUUCACUCAAAUCAAACAAACUCUGUAAUGCAUUUUACUUGCUUUCUUUGGUACUCCUCAAUCAUGUAGAGCAUACAUAGUAAAAGAACGUUCUUUCAUUCUACCUGAAGAAAAUAGACGUUGGUACCAAAAAUGGGAUAAAAAUGUGUUACAGUAAAUAUGUUGAACGGUGUUUUUGUAGACAGCACGCGCGAAAAUUCUUCUCAUUGUUCGCAGAAUACAAAAUUACCAUGUACUUGGUAAACUAUCCGAGCGUAUUACACUCCAAAACAGUAAGGUGUAUAUAAUUCAAAAUUUUCAGGAAUGCCAAGAAGCGCUAUUGAAUGCAGAAAAAGGUCUAAGAAUCACUUGUGUUGGUGCAGUGUGGCAGAGCUGGGCCCUUCUAAGGGAUGGUAAGGUUGUAUAAUCUAGAAGCUUCAAGGUAUUAUGGACUUGACGUGAUGGAUUUAUGGAAGCAAAUUUGCUAUUAGUAAGGCAAACCACGCCGAAGCAUCUCGUGGAUCCAGCUAGAUACUACAUGUAGGAUCACAGGGCUUCCAGGUUUUAUUGGCAUAAACGUCACCAGUGCCCACGUUAGGCUUGGAUAUAUUCUCCGGGCAGAAUUUCGAGCAGAAUAAGCGAUUUUUGAGGCGAGCAGAAUAAGGGAAUACAGCGGCACUUGUGAUAUGCGUAACAGUUGUAAGAAAGAUUUAAAACUAAAUAAAAAACAAAUGGAGAAUACAUUGUGAUUAAUUUGAUUAUUUAAUAGCUACAAAGCAGUCGCAUUAAAGGUAAGAUGAAUUAUAAUUUUGCUACGCAUAAUGAAUGUCUAAUUAGUUUUUAGGGGUUAGGCUCAGACUCCCUUUUAUAUUUCGCAGAAGAGCAGGGUGUACGAGCAGAAUUUUGAGCAGAAUAAGCGAUUUUUACGAGCACUGCCGGCGGGCAGAAUAAGCAGUUUUAUGAGCAGAAUUUAUCCAAGCCUAGCCCACAUCUUUUCUGAGAUUUCUGGAACCUAUUAGGAAAUUGAGCAAUUUUAAUAUUCAGCGGACAAAAACCCUGUACCAGAAUAAUUUAAAGAAUAUUGCAUUCUUUUUUACAUUUUCCAAGGGCUAAAGAUGUAAUUAGUUAUUUGUAAUAACACCAAAGAAAAUUUCUCAUGGGAGUCCGAGAAAAUGAAUGUCAAAUUUCACGAGAAUUGUGAAAACACAGGUAAAAUUCUUAAAAUUUCAUCUGUAAGAUGUAAUUUUGCGAAAUUUGACAUUCAUUUUCUCGGGCUCCCAUCAGAAAUUUUCUUUGGUGUUACUAUAGAUACCUAAUUUCAUCUUUAGCCUUUGAAAAAUGUAAAAAAGAAUGCAAUAUUCUUUAAAUUAUUCUGGUACCAGGUUUUUGUCCACUGAAAAUUACUCAGUUUCCUGAUGGAUUCCAUCUUAAACAGCAUAUAUUUUUGGCGGGCGUGAUUACAAAAUGUUGGGUAAAACGUGGAAAAUUUGAAAACAUAAACCGCACUUUUACUGACUGUAAUUUUUUGUCACUUCUUUGUAGGUUUCUUAGCUGGAUUAAGAUGUUCUCAGGGCAACACUGCUGUUCAAGUUGAACGCUUUACGUUAGUUAAGUUACGCGAAAGUUCUGCUGUUGGUGCGGCUGCUCUAGGAGCCAAAACCGCUGACCAUCCGCUGCCGAUAGACUAUGACUCCAUGGUGGACGAAUUUUUCUGUCACGUUUUCCAGUAAUAAGCACGUGUUAUUUCACUGUAAUUUUACGGUUAGGGACAACAAGGAACGGCCUUGUCAGCCGGCUUGAACGUCUAGCAUGAGUGGACACUUCUUUAAGGAGAACAUCAAUGGCUGGUUUUGCAUGGCUGAAUGUAAGGUAUCUGUUAAAAUACCAAAUCUGUUAAUCGCGCCAAAUAACCAUAGGAUGUUUUAUCAAUAAAGAAAAGGUACGGGUUUAUUUGCAAAUAUAAUCCCGUGCGGGCAUGCAGACGGUGUUUUCGAUGUUUCUGAUUUUUGGUUUUCAAAGCACUGGUCAGUUAAAUUAGUUUGACAAGACUGCGGAGCGGGAUAUCAAAAGUUCAUACCCGGAUCUGUUUGCCAUUUGCAGUCUUCACCAUUCUCUUUUAUGACAACCAUGUCUUAGCGAUCAUAUCUUUUGUCACUUUCUAUCAUACUGUCUCUUCUUUGCGUCUUUCCGAGUGAAUUGCAAUGUGUCAUUCUUACUGACCCGGAGUAGUUUAUCGAUAAAAAUCGGUAUCGAUAAAAAUCGAUAGCAAUCAAGUGAUUUUUAUCGAUUGAUAACUGAAAUCGGUGAGAAUCGAGACGUCAAAUUGCUGUGUCAAAUCGAUAUUAUCGAUAAUUCAUGAUCUUAACGAUUUAUAACGGUAAGUCCCACAUAGUUGUUUUUUGGCAGCAGUUAAAUAGUACAGCUGAGAAAACACCUCCACGAAUAACAACUGAUCAACAAACAUGAAAAUAGGAAAUGUGGAAACUAUUACAGACACAAGGUUCUCUCUAAAACCGUGACCCUUUUGUACAUAAUAACAAAAACUGUUCGGUAUAAUUACUUUCGCAGUUCUCGCAGGCGAGUACCACGAGAAAUAAUGAUACAACCUUAUUACAUAAAAGAUUUCCCAGCCUGAAUUUCAGACAUCCUCUAGAGUCGAAGGGAUUCCUGAAAUUCAGGCUAAAAGAUUUCACUAGAUAGCUUUUCACCGUUUUCCGUUAUCAAUCGAUAAAAUCACUUGAUCGCUAACGAUUUUUACCGAUUUCGGGGUUGCAAAUCGUGAAAAAACUGGGCGCCUGCAAACCUGGCCAAUAUCGGCCAUCCGAAAAAGACUUUAAAGCGGGUUUAAAGAAAAGAUAAGAUUUUUUUAAAACUUUUUUAAAAAAAGUGAUAAUUAAUUGUUUGAUCCUUCGAUUCUCAAUUGCAACUCAAUUGUCAACAAAUUCACUGUUUGCAUGAAAUCAGUUUUCAUUUUUGGUUGAACAGAAGAACAGUUGUAUCUUCCAAUAUAAAUCGAUGGAAUCGGUAAAAUCUAGAUAAAUCGAUAAACGAAACGAUUGUGUCAUCGAUUUCUACCCAUUGAUCCAUACAAUCGAUAUAAAUCAAUUUUUAUUGAUUUAUCGUAUACCUAUUUUUAUCGAUUGAUUACUCCGGGUAGUGAGUAAUGUCAAGCUUGUAGGGUUUGACUUGCUUAUUAAUAACUGAUAACAAAUUAUAAUUAUAAAAAUAAAAAAAAUAAUGAUAAUCAUAAGAAUUCUUUAUUAAUCAAGUAAGUCGCACUUCUACUCCACCCCUCAACAACAAAACUAUCCUUGACUAAUUGAAGCGUUUUAAGUAAAGUCUAUUCGGGUAAUAUAUUCACAAUUUUUUAAAAUGUUUAAAAAGGAUUUCUUCCUAUGUAUCAAAAAUGUACAGUUGAAAUACGUGUCAUCAAAGGCGCAAAUUAACAACACUGACUAUAAUAUUAAUUAUAAUAUAAUGAUAAUGAUAAUAGUAAUGAUAAUGAUAAUAAUAAUAACAAUAAUAAAAUGAAAAAAUUUUAUUGACAACAAUGCUAACUAUUAAAAUCCUAUUUACAAUUAAUUCACUUGAAAAAAAGAAAAACUAUUCAUUCAAAACACUAUUUACAAUUCCUGUCGAUUUAAAAAGCACUUAAUUUAGCUUAGAAACAGUUAAUUUAACUAAGAAAAAUUUAUUCGAAUUAAAAACAUUUCAAUUCAAUAAAAAACAAUAAUAACAAUAACAUCGGAAAGUGCACAAGCCAGAAUUUAAGUAGUAACUUUUUAUCAGUUUGAAUUAUUAUUUUAAAAUAGUUUUUUAUUUUUUUUUAAUUAACUUUUUGAUGCUUUUUAUAAUUGUUAUUAGUAGUCUUUAGAUAGUCAUUUUACGACAAUUCUCUUUCGUACACAAGAAGAAUGUACAUAGGGUAUAUAUUUUAAUAUUUCAUAUUCUUGAAUCGGUAAAUAGUAAAAUUUAAUAAUUAUUAUAUUUAUCAUUGGGAUGAACAUAGAAAUUUUCUUUUUUUUAGUUUAUAGACAGUUGUUUACAUUUGCUCUGUUGAAAACCACCAGACCACCAAGAAGUCUUUUUUUUAACUAAAAUAACAAUAAUAGUAAUAAUAAUAAAAAGAAAUAAUAAUAAUAAUGAUAAAACUUUGUUGGGGUAGCACAAAUUACAGUGUGGCCCAAAGAAUUAUUCGAAGCGUCUAUGCAUGAUGUUUAUUAAAGAAAUAUGCAGAUUUCUAAGGUGAGAUGUGAAGAGUUACAAAGUGACUGAAAUGAAUCUAGGCUGACGUUUCAAGGAACUAAAGAAGCGACGCACUAACACGAUUUCAAAAAGGUAAAUCACGUUACCUGUCUUAACCGUUGCUAGUUUGAUCAGUGAUUUUUAACUUGCAUACAAACCCAUAUAUUUUACAAUCAACAGGACCACUAAAGUAGCUUGGGAGAUUUAGAUAUUCCUACAGCCCGAACCUCAAUGUUCAGGAACAGUUUUGCAUUCACUUGUGCACGGAUUUGGAACACACUUCCAGAACAUAUGAAAGAGCUACCAUCCGUUAGCGCCUUAAAAAGAAAAUUAAGACUUUCAACUUUGCAUCGACAACACCGUUGCAAAUACAUGUACUUCUUUAUUAUAUUUUUAAGUGUUGUUACACACGGCUUCUAGCUAAAUUUGAUAAUAUUACCGUGUUUAAAUAAAGUUUUCCUUCCUUCCUUGGGUGCCCUGUAACCUUAUACUGCACAUGUUAACUUUAUCUUCGGUUUCUAAAUAACCGUAUUUUGAAUCUGUUUUAUCCGCAGUGUAAGUCAAAGAGAAUAAGAAGAGAGACCUUUAUUUCUUUCGUUUGUUUUCCAAGACUCGAAUGCUCUUGGUGUUUCACUCGAACGAGAUCUCCUGUAGGUUUGGAAUUGGCCGAGGAACUCUCUAAUGGCCGUUCUACCUUCUGGUCAGUGAAUUGCAUAAAGUGCAGUCGAUAGUAUAUACGUCAACCGAAGAAUUCUCACUGUAACGAGUAUCAAUCUCCUCGAGUUGGCUGCGCUCGAUGCCUUGAGAUGGGUUUAGAAGUUUCUGUAAGUUUAAAUAUUUUCACACAUAAUUUAACGAAUGUGUAGUCUUAAUGGAUAGCUAGAAAAAGUAAUGCAUUUCCGCCAUCGAAAAUGCUCCGUACUAACUAUUCUUGCUAUUCAGUUUGUCUGCAAAGAAACAGCUAAAACGUCUUCUUGAUGGGAAUAGUUUGCCUUGCACCAGCGCUUUUUUUCUGACUUGUUAACUCGCAAAUGGUUGUUAGAGUAUCGCGGAGGACCAGAAAUAUGUAAUAUAUUUUUAGAUGCGCUGCGCUUCGCUGUUGAACCCGGGUCUGUCGCUCCAAAGAUACUGAUUCUAAUCCAACUGUGCUUUCUGAACCACUCGGCUCGUGUCCGUGUGUUGCGUAGUAUUUUGCAAUGGAUUUAGUUUGUCCACCAUUUUCAGUGGCGGAUCCAGGGGAGCGCCCCCCACCCCCUCAUUUUUUCACGAAACUGAGGCCCGAAAGGCCGAAACAUUUUUUUGAGGCCGGACCCCCCCUUUUCUCAGGGUCUGGAUGACCGCCCCCCCCUCCCUUAUCUGAAGGUCUAGAUCCGCCAAUGAUUCUAGAAUCUGCCACAGAAGGUAUCCUCGCGUUGAUUCCUUUUAAAAAUAGGAAAAUUAUCAAGUUUUUUGGGCUGCGUGCCGUGACUGUUACCCCGAAAAUAAAUUUCAUUCAUGGUUACAAUCAGGUGGUUAACUGGUCAUUGAUCGAUAUCAUGGGCGGAUUUAGGGGUGGGUCCGAGUGGGCUGCUCCCCCCUUUUCUGUGAAAUUUCCUAUUAUCUUUAAAGAGUUCUCAGUAAAAUAAUUAGUGUUUAUAUAACUGGCAAGUGUCCCCCCCCCCUUUCCAAAUUUUCUGUACCCGCACCCGGGUCAGUGCAACCAUGCGAUCUUUUGAAAUGUGUUACACGUAGUAUAUGUAUCAAUAAGUAAUCGCCAUUUGGAAACAUAAGGCUUGUUCUUUUCAUUUCAACUUCAUUUUUAGGCAAAGCAGAGUUAUACUCACAGGUAAGUGUAUUAUUUUUCUAAUAGUUCAGUUUUUCCUUUUUUUCUCUUAAAGUAGAAAUUUUGCGCUCUGUACAAUGUUCCGGUCUUUUUUGUUAACUUACCUCAACCGAUUGUUGCUCCUUAGAUCAGUGGUCAUUUUCGUGUUGUCUUUGUUUUUCCCAUAUUGAUGACUCGAGCAGUAACUCAAUUACUUUCUAUUUGUCUAUUUGCCUUUUAGAUUUGCUGGUAAAAACGAAGGAAAUGAAGACUGUCACACUGUUCUUGUUUGUAUCCGUUUGCAUAACUCAGCAUCAUUGUAAGUUAAAGAAAAUUUUUAAAUUCACAUAACAGUUUAUUAUUUAUCACAGUUAGAUGAAAAACUUUAGACCUACUUAGUACACCGUUCGUUAAGUUACAAUUAGUCUCUGUGCUUAAAGGGCGCUAUUUCAUGCUAUUUGCUAUAUUAUGACAAAGCUAAAACGAACGUAUCUUCGCAUAAAUCGAAUUCCAAAAAUGAUGACCCAGUUUUGUUAAUUAAGAUUGUUUUUUUUUUUUUGGCUUUUAAACUAUUUCCUCUCGUCUUUUGCUACGGAUGAAGAGGAUGAACUUGGACUGAAACUUGAAAAUGUUGGGCCAUUUUGUCUUCAAGUUUUAAUGAUAUGCUUGCAAAAGUCACCAAAAACCAUUAUGGUUGGAGUUCCGUGAUGAAAUUUGUUUCAUAUUUUCUUCAUCUUUCUACAGGAACAUUUCGUGUCUGGAUAAAGACACUAAGUAAUGACUGUAGCACAGAAUUGACUAAAAUACAGCAAUUAAUAUAACCCCUGUAAGUAACUAUAAAGCCGACCUUACCCCCCCAGGGAAGUAUAGAAUAAGAAAAACAAAGGAAAAAGAAAGACUGGUUUUUCAUUGAGAAAGAAAACAAAAGAACAGUUUGAUUCCGAGUAACCUUGCAUAAUAAGUAAUUUUACCAAAGCAGGUGAACGAUUUUUGAAACAAUUUUCGUAGCUUGUUUUUGCGACCUCGACGCUUAAAAAAGGUCAACUUGUGGGCAAGUCUUACAAUUCUAUUUAAAUUCGUUUUUUUUUUUUCAGAAAAAAACAAAACUCAUCAAUAAUUUUCAUCAUUCAUUAUGAAACAAUUUGAAGGCAGAUCAGUAAUUGACAAUGUGUUCUGGUAAAAAUUCGCGAGAAAUAUUGACAUAAAUAUAGAAGCAUCUUCUGGCAAAAAAGGUAAUCUUUAAAAGUCAAUAAAGAGAGAAAUUUCUCAUGUUUAACAUCUUCAAAGUGGUCAUUGUUAGAGUCAAUCGUCCACCCGUGGCAAGGCAGGUGCCGCUGAGUUUUUAGGAAAUGAAUUUUUUAUAAUUCGUUGUACAUCAUCAAUGAAGUGACACUUUCAAAACAAAAGAUAAGUUGAAACAAGCUACAUUAAUGACCAAAUAACAGUUGCAGGCGACAAGAGGAGCCCGCAAUCCUAAUCUCCAGGUUGUUAUUACGCAUGCGUCGCACGUAUGUAGCCAGCAUUCGUUUGGACUUCCGCUAAGAAUGAAUGGAAUGCAUAGAACGCAAUUCGAUCACGCGCGUUUCGAUCUUCCUGACGCCUCGUAAUCUGAUCACGCAUAUUUUGACCAUCUGUCACUGCAGACCAACGCAAAGCAUAGCGUUGGAGCAAAAGCUUUUUAACCUUCGAUCGUUGUCUCCCGCACUUCGUAACCUUUGGUUAUUACUAGUUGUAAUCGUGUAUUAGUUAGUGCGUUCGAAAUUUCCUUAGCUUGACCGUCAAGUGUUAUUUCAAAAUAGGGUAAAAGUCAUGAAAACAUUUUUGGAAAAAUUAAAAGUAUUUUAUGCUCUCGGCGUAGCCGGCCUCGAGUAUGAUCAAUAAAAGUGAGAAGAAGAUCGUUGAAAGAGCUAUCUAUAUCACUGCAAUCGUCCAAAAGCUGCAUGGUAACCUCAAAGGUAAUGAUAGCUUCUUGUGUGACACAUCUAGGUCUAAUAUGCCGCGACAAAUCAUAGGUUUUUGCGAAAUCAUCGAUGUCAUUGAACCGAGCUUCUCUUAUGGCAUAUGAAAUCAUGAAAUAUUUGCCAUUGUGCGAACUGUUCAUAUUUUCAUUCAGUUCGUCUAGAUCAGUUCAUCGUGUUUUAAACUUAGUUAUAUGACUUGGCGAAAGGGUCUUAUCAUCACAAUCCGGUCCGGUUGCAGAAUUUUAUCCGUGUGGGUGUAUGUCAGUGCAUGUACUUACUAGUUAUGCAAUGCUUUCUCGUGGUAUGCUGUGAAUAUCCCAAUAGUGACUUGAUUUUUCUUUGUUUACACGUUUGCCUUUAAAACUCAAGAUCACAGGUAAACUCGGAGAAAGUCACUUUUAAAACAAUGAAUACUAUAUGUAGUGUGCCAGCUACUAUGUCCAAAUGAUCCACAGCUGGUCAAUGAAUAAACUUUGCAUUCACUUCUGUCUUUUUUCACCUACAUCUUGAAGAAACUGGCAAGACAUGCACAGCUUUCGAAAGUUUCUGAUGGUAUUUUAGUUUAUAGGUUUUCUUGUUUCGAAGAGCAGGUGUAGAUCCAUCUCGGUUUUCGCAACACUGCAUGGUUAACUGGCCUAUUUGAUUUCAUUUAAUUUUGUACUACUUUUUUAACUUUGACCUCUAAGACGUCCAAAUUGUAGUAAAGACUCAAGUUUUAGUGUUGUUUACAAACUUGCUUCUGGAAUGUUUUGUCUGUCGCUAUCCACUCUAUAUUUGGAGGGAAAAUGUGGAGGCCGCAAGUAUCGCCGGGAUUUUUACGUGAAAUACUACCGGUCGCAUACCACAGAAUAGGCAACAGGUUCAAGUUUUCUGAAUGACUGUAUUCUCUAAGGCAUUGGAUAAAUGUAGGAAUACACAGUCAAAAUUUAGCAAGCGUACAUUCCGGAAUUGAAUUUAUUACUUUCCCUGGAAGUUAAACACCAAGAAAGGUAGAACACAAUCUCCAGCUCAGCUAUAAAGCCCGCUUCUUAAACAGCUCUAAAUUUUAUUCCCUCGCCAAACUCAAAUAACUCCAUGUGUCCAACAUCAAUUACAUCAUCUGGUUGACCUUAAUCUAACCUUGGCGAAAUCCAAAGGGGUAAUGCGCUUGCGCAUACAAGGUAGUUAAACAUGGCACCGAAAGAUACAGCAAACGACGAAAAAAAAAAAGGUAAAUUGUCUGAAAAGGUGCGAUUUAGAGCAAAAAAAGUGGUACAGUCGAGCCUCUCGAAUACGGACACCGAAGGGACAGAGCGACGUGUCCGUAUUAGAGAGGACACUAUGAUGGCGUCACUUUUAAGACCCCACUGACAGGAUUGAGUGUUCCGUACCUAAAUUCAUGCAGUGUCUUGUUAAUUUCUAUUGACAUGUUCUGGUAUUGGUAUCGCUGAUUGAUAAAGUGUCAAUGUUUGUGUAAGUGCCGACGGGACAUGGUAUAUACUGCAAAGUAUCGACACCUAGUCCCUGGAGUGUCCGUAAUAAAGAGGUUACGUGUGUGCGAAAAAAAGCUCUGCUUUGCUCCCAAAGGCCGGGAUUUUGUGUCCGUUGUCCGUAUUAGAGAGGGUCCGUAUUAUAGAGGGUUUUUUGGAGGAAAUGUAUGAGAAUUUUGUCGGUACAUAGGAAACUGUCAGUGCGCAAAUGAUCUGCUCAUCGCUAAUAUAUAGAUUUAGCCAGGGCUAAAAGCGAGGCUCCCAUUAGUAAAUUUAUAAUUUAAAUUAAACAAUAAACUUGUAUUCGAAUUCCACAAUUCAGUUAACUUUAGAGCACAUUUAUGUGACUUUUGAGGGAAAGGCUACCUGAUUUUAGAGAAAAAUAAUUUGCAAACAGCCCAAGAGUGAACCAAAUCUUACAUCGAGUUGAUAGCCUCAUAUGUACACUCAAAAACUGCUAAUCAUCUUUUAUCACAUUUAAGAGCCGUAAUGGCUAUUGAUCACCGUAGAUCAAUUAGGCUUAGAAAAAAAAUCAGGCCAACGUUUUGGCGUUCGACAAGUUUACUUUGCAAAAUCUUGCCAACAAAUCUGGGUGCGUGUAAACCAACCUUUUAUACCAUGGACAGAAAGCAGUAUUUCACAAUACAAAUUGCUCUCAUUCAAUAUUCAUAAACUGUUAAAAAAAUUUUCCAAAAUCACCUAUACGGCCAUCCGGUUCUAACUUUUGUAGUGCGAGCUGUAGCGAGUGUUUGAAUGAACAUUAACAGAGUUACGCUCCAAGAUAAUAAAGAAUUUAUCAUGUUUAUUUUUUAUUUGAUGGUUUAACGCGCGGCAUUUUGAGAACUCCUGCAAGCGAUGUUCACUGAACGACUGAAAACAAUCGGCAUAGCGAUUAAAAUUGCAAGAGAGACUACCAACAAUCAAUAAAAGAAAUAUAAUUCGGUGAAACAUAAACAGAGACAACAAUUUUCAUUAAGGAAGACAAGUAUUAAAGUGUCCCUAAAUAUCCUGAGUCUUCAAGCUUCAAGCUUAAGUUUGCUGAAGUUUAUGUUUUAAGCCAGCUUCCCGGUGUUUGUUUUUUCAAAGACGAACUCGAGGCAAGAAAAUCGCUCAAAGCUUUCUUUUCUGGCUAGAAUUAUAACUAAAGAUUCUUUGGAAUAUUUUCUUUCUAUUUGCGGUGAGAAACUGUCUAAAGGCUUUUUAAAGUUCUGUAAGAUUAUAUCAAACCAGAUACUCGGUGAGAUCGUUGUCUCAAAACUUACAAACGCGCAUAAACUAAAUUCCUGCAUAAACUACGCUUCACUUCAUUAAAUUAGAUACAAAAAACAAACAUGAAAUACAAUAAUUUCUCUGUCUUACCAUUCGAGAUGCAGCUCCUGAAAGUUAUCAGGUAAAGUCAGUAUCGCUUCAGACUUUGCAAUCCUCUUACGCAUCAAGCAAGGUGAAAACGAAAAUGAUGCCAUCCGAAAUCGGAUUUCCGACUUUGACAAGCGACGUUUUCUCAACCAAAAACCCAAUAAACAAACUAGCCAUGAGUAACAGAAGACUCCUGAUAGCAGCUGAAUUUCAUUUUGUACAUCCAGUGGAAAAAGACAGUUAAAAACAUCACAAGUUGACACAAAACUCUGUCAGCUUCAGCUGUUAAAGUAAACAAGAUUCAAGAUGCUGCAUAAAUUUUGCGCAUGAACUCACAUGUCAAAUUUUGACCAAUCAGAGCAUAAAAAUUGGACGUAGAGCGUGACCAACGCGUGACCAUUGUGAGAAAAAACAAAAGCAACUGUCUUCCCUGCCUGUAACAGCUGGCUGAAUUUUCACGUCCGAGGUCAGUUUGCAAUCAAAAUUUUAAUUGUGCAGCACAUAAACACAGCAUAUUUCAUAUGAAUUAAGAAAAAAAAAUUGAACUUGAGCCUGCGAUCACUUGAAAACUAGUUUACUUGUCAGCGGAUAACUUCAAAAAUACUUGACCUCGACGGGUCGACACCUGAGCCCGCGAUACGGUCAAGUGAUACUGGUCAGCGGGUACUCUGUUUUGACAGCUGUCAAUUGAUCAAAACAUUGAUGUCCAAUAUGUGUGCAUUAUCAGUUUUCCUGUGCUCCCAAACUAGUAAAAGUAUGAGAUUGAACGUUGUUCGCGAUCUAGUAAAACAGUUAACUGGUCAGCGGACAGCUUCCAAAUAAAUCACGUCACCUCGAUGAGUUGACACAUGAGCCCGCGAUAUGGUCAUGGGAUACUGGUCAGUGGCUAUCCUGUUGGGACAGCUGUCAAUUGACCAUAUUGUUAAUGUCCUAUAUUAAAGAUGUGGGCUUGCCAAGACACGCCUGAGACACCCCUCCCUUCCUUUUGAUAGUCUCCCCUACCCCACCCAUACAAUCUGUAGACGCGUACGUACGUACGUACGCUCGGUCAAUCACGUGACAACCAAACGAAAAGAGGUUGACCAUAUUCCAUGGGUAUGGGGCUCUGUCCCACGCGCGCUUCGCGCGCGCGGGAGCCCCGCUAUUAUAUAUAUCGCUACAUAUCCGACUAGUGUCUGGAUGUCGUGCGUUCAAUUCCUAUUUGGAACUAAAAAAUUUGCGAUAAUCGUAUUUCUAGUUUAAUGUAAUGAAUGUACAAAUUAAUUCAAAACUUAGGACCUGAAUUACGACCGGGAGACCUUAAAAACGUGAACUUGCAAAAGAAAAACAAGUGAACAAACUUCAAAACUGAACAAGCACUUCAGCAAACAAAACAAUGGUGUGAUUGUUUUCAGAUCACUGAAGAAGAGGGAACACCUUCGAAUCUUCGAACGGUUUUCCUCCAAACUAUUUCAAGGCGUAUUUUGACAAAACUUUAGCAUUUGUUUGAUUCGGGUAAGUCUCUAGGAGAAUUCAUGCAACUCUCCAACUGCAAAAAGAGAUAUAACUGCAUAAGGGCAGGUCUUCGUCGAGUUAUAAAGAAACACCAGACAAGCUGGGGAUUUUUAUCGAGCAGCCAAUAAGAAUGCAGGUUCAUGAAAUGUCAACGUAUAUUGACUGAUACAGUCAGUCAUUUUUUGACCGGAUUCCGGAGAAUACCACUUUAUGUAUAACUCAGACUUUGUCGUUCAGUUUUAACUGUGAUAUUCAUUUUCUAUAUAUUUUUUUUUGUUAAAAAGGCGAAUCUGCAGUCCUGCAGGGCGAGAAUAAGGCUGAAGAUUCAAGUGGGUUUAAAGAACAAGAUGAUGGUAGCGCAGUAGAAGACACGCUAGCCGAAGAUGGGGAAAAAAGCCAAAGCAAUACCGGAGAAGGUGCGUCCUUGAAUUAACAUUUAACUAAAUAUAUUCGGUUAAUUUAGUGACUUUAGUUGAAAGGGUUUAAAUUUCAAAUUGACUGUGUUAAGGUUUGUAGAAGUAAAAGACACCAGUAAUGCACAUACAUACAUAAAGGAAUAUUUUCACCGUCAGAGGAACGUUCCUUGUAAGCUUACUUUCUUGUAAGACCAAAAAUAUAGAAGUUAUAAUCAGACAAACAGAGGUUGUAUUGUGCUAUCACAAUAUUUACAAGUUGCACUUUGCCUGAACCAUCUCUAAACUUCUUGGCGGUGACGUUAAGCCGUUGGCCCCUUCUCCUUCAUCCUUCUUUUAUUAGUCAAAUCGAAAGGGGAGAAAAGGACCCACACUACUGGUCGAAAAGAGUAGGGAAGUUCCCGGUGGUGUAGUCUAUCUUUCACGCGUCACACAUCAUUCAUAUUAUGGACUAUGGGUGGGUUACACUAAGCUCAUAAAUGAACUGAUAACGGCUGCCAGUGGCGCCCUUGUAUGCUGUCGUCAGAGCUUAUUGUGAACAUUUUAAUAUGUAAUGUACACAGGGCGCGUCUUGUUGUCCACUAAUCCACGACAUCACAUAUUACACAUUACACAACGUACGAAGUCGUUAAUCAACACCGAGUACGUAAACUCUGAAGAGCAACAAGACGACUUCGCGUCACUUGACGAGAAACGUCUAGAGCUCAAUGACAAAAGAUAGCGUUCACAUCUCUUACAUGUAUAUGUUUAUUUACAGGCCAAACAGAAACUGGAAGUAAAAAAGCGCUUCCUGCACUAGCAAUGACAGCCUUAAAAAACCCCAAAGUUCAGGAAGCUGUUGUUGACAAAGGACUGGAAGUCAUGGGCAAACUGGUGGACAAACAGCUCAAAAUUAUCGACGAAGCUCAAGAGAAGGCUUCCAAGUUUUUGGCGAAAGAAGUGCGUAUUAGGGAGUUAGUGGUGAUGAUGGAUUAAAUCUACGUACAAAAGAGCAUUGUGGUAUAAGUUCAAAAAAAUUAUCACGAUGAAGUAUAGUUCUUCCAUUUUGGCGAUUUCGGCGUUUAAGAAUUAAGAGCUCUAUAACUUAAAUUGCCAAGUUUAAUUCUUGCAUACAAAUAGACGUUUGGGAGACUUGUUUCAAAUUUUGCCGAAGGCAGCUUGGUUUUAUUUUUUUUUUCAGCUCUGUCCAUCCAUGCUUCUUUUUGGCUUUUACGCAUCUCGUGAAUCUCUUGCACUUAGUGGCAUGUUUUCUCUUUGCCAUAAUUGUACCUAAACAGGAAAUAUUUGUACUCGUCUCUUGUAUUAUACUUAUCCGAGGGCUCGCCAAAGUACAGCGUUACUCGCACAAAUAUCCCACGAUACACACUAAACUGACCAAUAAGAUAUUUAACAAUUAUUCCUCGGGCCCGAAUGGGUUCUGAGUCAAUAGCCCAUGAGGCUGAAGGCCGAAUGGGCUAUUGACUCAGAGGCCAUGAGGGCGAGAGGAAUAAUUGUUUUAGUAAAAUCCAACUAGUUGGUCAAAAAUAUCGAGGCAAAACAACUUUAGCUAGCAAAACGCGAUUCAGCCGCCAUUGUUUUGGUUUUCAAAGCCGGCACUUUUCGCUACUAGUAGGCCAUAACAUAUAUGCUAGUAGUUGCUCCACCAAUCAGAACGCAGCAUUGAUAAUGGACCACUCGUUGGAUUUUACUACAGUGCUAUAAAGUACUACUCAUUACAGAUCACUGCUGAAGUACUUAGAAAUACUAGGUGCUCCUAUGAAAAGGAAAUACGAUGCUGUUAGGAAAUCUGCUGAGCCAUACCACUUAAACGAAUCAUAACAGUUUAUAGUUGUUCAUCGGAUCGUGCAUGGGCUAAAGUUCUAAUUGUUUGUGUCAGAGGUAUUGAUUUCCAUAACAUAAUCAAUUAGCCUGCAAGAGCAAACGCCUUUUUCCACUUUUCAGGUUUGACACGCUGAGGAAGGGCGUGUGAAACAGAUACGAAAAAUAUUUCUGCUUUUUCAGGCUAAUUAUCAACUACUAAUGUUAAGUUUAUUGUGUGAAGUAAACGGUUAGUCGUGAACAGAAGCUCCGGUUUUAGUCUUGUCUGAAUUUUUAUGUUAGUUACUACGCGAACUUCUGUUACUCACAAUACAAACUAUUUAUUCACAGAUCAAACUUGAUAUCAUGCCUGAUAAAGGAUGGAGUACCCCGGAUAUGUUCGUACCCCCGGGAUACCAUAUGGGUGCGUCAAUCUCCGACACGGAACAAACAGAGAAGGAACAUGGAGAGCAGCCGUUUACUUACGCUCCGAACAUGGGUCUGGGAUACGUUAUGAUGAACGGUUGCUACGGCACCAAUUACACUCCAAGUGAUCCAUGCUAUAACGCCAAGUUUGCCUCACCUAUUUGCCUUGUAAGAGAAACUACUCUAGACCUUUCCCUGCUUGUACGUUUUGUUCUCACAAUAAUUCAGACUAAGUGGUGUUCUCGAGGAAAAUUCUGUCAUUUGUAUUUUCAUAAAUUUUGGAUUAUCACACUAGCCUGUUCCAGGCUCCGAGAUAGUCGGGUUUGCGAAAUUGAGCAAGCGGGAUCACGAAAAUAAAACGAGCGGAAACUCCCAUCCUUUUGCCCUCCGCAGCCGCCUCCUUUUUUGCGUACACUUGCGCGUCAUCUCUACUAUCUGAGAGCCUGGAACAGGCUAUUAUCACACGGAUAGGACGAAAUUUGAAUGAAACAGUUUUCUAAAGUAACAUCGCAUGGCCUGAUAUGCGAAAAUAAAACAUACAAGCUAAAACGAUCUAAUGAACUUUUAACUAGAGUCAGUAACCUAUGCCACAGUCUAACCUGCUGUAAGCGAACAACCCUGAGAAUAGAACAGCCUCCCUCACGCCGUUAUUAUUAUAUAUUUAAAGCUCAUUAAUAUCACAAUUUGGCCAUUUAUAUGAGUACUUACAGAAGCCGCGUCUUAAUGAAGAGGCGAACUUCUCGUAUAAAUUGCACAAAAGAAAAUCUUCGCGUGUUAAAUAACAUGCGACACCCGUAUAUACUGGUAUAAUUAGUACAGUUCUUUGUAUUGAUGUUGGAUGUUGAAUUUCCUGCCUGGGAAUCCUCCCAUAUUGCCCUGGCGUCCAUUCCCUUCCCUGUGGGAGCAGGCAGGAGCCCAUAACCCUUGGACAAGGGCCUCAAUAUGUACUAGGUUGUUGAGCCAACCACCACCCGGUCCUCGCAAAUUGGCCCGGAGUGGAAUAAUCCCUGCAGAGCCUUCUCAAUCUUCAGGAGCUAUGUAAAAGCUGUUUGCUACCCGAAAAACAGACCAAAGCCCGACUGGUGUCACAGCAAAGGUAGAGUUGGUUCAGGAGGCGGCUUUUCUAAGAACGGCCUGCAUCUACUCAGAAAAGUGUUCGAGGCCAGUAGGCUUUAGGGUACAGAUUAUAUAACCGAGAGUCAUCUAACUGUGGUAUAUCACUGUCAUUAUGAUAAACUUUAUAAAACAGUCGUUCCGUGAAACCCGGCUGGUGAUAAUCUAAUGUAGGUGUUCGGUACGUACUCAUCUUAGUUAUAAGGAUAAGCACUCAUGGGUGACUAUACCGCAGAUAAAUUAGCAUUUAUUUUGUGCGAAAAAAUAUAAUGACUAAUGAAUUAAUUAUAACCAUUGUUCACUUUGCCCAGAACAUGAUUGAUGGAGCCGCUUUUAUGGGAGUUGGGUUUGAUGGUCGAGGAAAAUACAGUCCAGAAUCCAGAAAAAUGAGUAUAGUACAAAGAAACUGCAAGAACAAAGCAUCGUAAGUAUAUUCUUUAGAGGUGUUUUUGCUUUCCAAAGUAUACUUUUCCCCUUCAUUUUUGUACGUUAUAUAUAUUUUCAAUAUAAAUUGAAGACUCUUUUAUAAGUAUUUACUGUUCACUAUCUUGGUAAAGUAGUGAUCUGUCGAUAUGUUCAUGUCAUCCCAAGUAUCCAAAUUGACCGUUUAAGCCACGCGAUGACGAACAUGAGAAAUGUUUUCCUCAGUGUUACUCUAUGAUAAUUUUAAGAUAUUGUUCUAACUGCCUUUUUGUAGGUACGACGACCUAGAUGUACCAGACACAAUGAACGUACAUGGUGUUUACGAUACCUCUGCUUACAUGUUAACUUUUGAGAGUCGGUCGGAAUAUCGAAGCUACAUCCAGCAGGAAGCAGGUGUCUCUGGUUCAAUUUUUGGGUUCUAUGCUGGUGUGAAGGAGGCCUAUGGAAGCUCUUCGUCUGGAGCGAGUCAGACAUUUCUGUCUGUUCUGUAUGUCGACGUCGAUAGGUAAGUCAUAGAAUUUUCAAUGCAGCGCAAGGUGAGUGCUCAUCGGCACCCUUCGACUUUGUUCUGUACAAUAGCUGUUAGAACGGAGCAAAUAUUGCCUUGAAAUUUCCACGGUUUGGUUUAAACCAGCGGUAUAGACUUGGAGAUUAUGCCAUUUUAGGAAUCUUGAAAUGUUUUAUCUUGUUAGUAGGUUCGAUCGUGAUUUUACUAGUUACUGUUACGUCCAAACUUUUUAAUAUUUCUCAAUUUAGUGUUUUGUUGUCCAGUACAAUUUGUAAUUUUUGUGAAAAAGAUACCAACCUUAAAGAAAGACAAAGUGUAAUAUGUAUCCCAAUGAAUGAAUUUAGUCACUGUUUAGUCAAGAGUCUUUUCAAUCGACUUUAUCAAUGUUUUCCUCCCUUGUUAGGUAUGAGAUUUUCAUGGACGAGGUGAAACCACAGGAUUUGAGUUUGUCUUUCCUGCGUGAAUUUAUGAAUUUACCAAAUUCCUACUUUGAGGCUGGAGCACCAUUGAAAUAUCGUGAGUAGAAAAUGCUAUAGUUAAAUCAUCUUGACAUGUCAAAAUGCUUUUCCUUUGUAAGCUAUUAGAAAAAAGGCAUAAGAUGAUAUGGAAGCAGGUCAACCGAGGGUUUUGAGCAAUCGGCAAGUAUUGUGUAACAGUUGCUACUAAUUUGUGUAGCUUUCCUAUAGAGAAUUCAUCGUUCCAUUCACGUUGAUCUCUUUGAUAUUGAAUACGACGUUUGGACCCCAUCCUGUUAAACUUCAUCAGAUGAUGGUGGCGAUUGGCUGCGGCAACAGGAGUGAGUGGUGUAUUACGAUCGUCACUGAUAAUAAUAUUGGUCGACUUUGGUCCUCACUGUUCAUGCCAGGAAUUGUUCUCUUAGGGGUAUUCAAUGAGAGCGAUUGGUUGUUGCAGUGUUUAAUCCUUGGGAAAACAUGCGUCUGCCCCGUUUUCGCUGUUAUUUUCACGGUUUAUGGUAUUAGUGGCAUGGAGGGCUUAUUUUACCAGAGAGUACCCAGUAGAGGUCUUGAUUUGUAAACAAAAACGUAUAGUUCCCUGUCUUAUAACUAGGCUAUGAAACAAAUGCUCUUGAAGCUCGUGGAAGUCCUAUGUCCUUGCGAUAGUCGGCUUGUAGUUAUAGUGCAUUGGUCCGUUGUGAUUUUGUAUACAAAAUAAUAAAAAUUAUCAUACAUUACCUUACCCAAAAACAAAAGAAAAUAAAAUUUAAACCAAGGAUAAAAUUGAACCACAACAUUUAUAAUGAAGCUUACCUCCAAGUUUUUAGACCAAUUGAGUUUGAGUGUAACAUGAUGCAUAUGUGACACAUUCUAUUUGCGACGACAGAGAACUUCAUUCAGCGCUGGGGGACACACUACAUCAAGUCGGCAAAGUUCGGAGGACAACUUCAGAUAAGGAAGACAAAACAGGCUAAACAGGGCCAAAAAAAGACAGAGUUUGCUGUAGAAAUGGAGAUGGAGUAUAAGACUCUGUUCUCGAGUGUUGGAGCUAAAUAUAGCCAAAAAAACGGGUACCAACAGCGCGAGCAAGUGAAGACUUCCUCUACGUCAAUAAUGGCCCAGGGCGGAAGCCAAGAAAUUGCCUCCAUUCUCUCCGAUGCUUAUUCACCAACAUUCAAGGCAGAGUUCAAGGAGUGGUUGCAGUCGAUUCCACGGUACCCCAAAGCGUUUAAAUUCUUGAUGGGGUCGAUUGUUGAUCUGGUGAAUUUCCGAUCGCAUGACUUGUUUCCUGAAGAAAAGGUAGGUAGUUACACUAAUGUAAUUACUUAGAAACUAAUCCAUUUUUCGAUCAUUUUUUUUGUUUAAAGUUGACCCAGUGAUAACGUAACCCGAACUAUCUCUUAUCUCUUACCCGCUUUUCAGGGAAGCCUUCGCAGAUGGGUUACUAUCUCUUCUUGUAAACAGCCACAGUCGGUCUCUUUUCUCGUUCUCGUGCAGACUUUUUCGUAAGUUGUCUCAGUUAGCACCUGUCUUGACAAGCAUUUCGAUACAGUGUUUGCUUAUACAAACCAUAGGACAACAGGGACAACCUUAACAUAUUGAAGCUGUUACAGUGCUUCUUGGUGGAUUUUUUUUUAAUAUUUCUCAGGUGACCUGGGGCUGCGAAGGAAAGGUAGCAGAUAUGGAAACGGAAGAUGAUGGGCGCAGAUUUUACUACAACUAUUCGCCUAAAGGAAAGAAGACAAAAGUAUACUGCCAAUAUGAUAACCGAAAAGGACUAGAAGAAGCGAUAAUGGCAAGACGGACAAGCUUGGGCAGAGCCAUUGAAAUUUAUAUGGAAGAGGUAAAUAAGAAAAAAAAAACAAAGGACUCGCCUUGUGGCCGAAGUUGUAUAUUUUACUGAUAGCAGAAUAGAUAUGUAAUGGAUUUACAAGUUGCCAAGAGCCUUAAUUAUCAUCCUACACCUGCACCUAUCCGGUAGUCGUGAUCACCGUUGGGGCACCACGGAUUUUCCAACCUUUUCCUCAUGAAUAUGUUUGUAAACUCCCUUAGGGAUUCACAAAACCUCAGUCCUUCAUGUCCAGUCAGGGAUAUAAUUAUCCCAGAGCAUUUUUUGUCUUUCUCUUUUUCUUCCCUGCAAUUUUCCUUGUGAGACUGUCUUGGCAAGCGCUGCUGAUCUUGACACAUGCCCAAACCACUUUAACUGUUCGUUGGAUAAGAUGUCAUCAUAGGUCCCGAUGGCUUGCCUGAUUCCUUGUUUAUGUCAAAAAUGUGGUCUUUGUAUGAGAUACUAGGCAGCUUCCGAAAGCAUCUUAUCUCAGUGGCGUGCAAUUUAUUCAGCUUUAUUCUGCAUGUCCUUUGUCAAUGUUUAGGUUUCGCAGGUGUACAAGAGUACGAAGACAACCAGGCAGCGCAGUUUAAUCUUUUAGCUAAGGGAGAUAUUCUUUUUGUCCCAGAUGGUCUUCAGUUUCGAUAGUGCUGCUGUCGUCUGUGCAAACCUGGACGGUACUUCAGGCUUGGAACCUUGAUCUGUGACGGCACCCAUGUACUUAAAAUUGUCGUGUUGGUCCAAAUUUUUGCCGUUUGCUCUUAUGUCAAUGCUGAUGCCAUCUGUGUUGUUGGUCAUCAGCUUGGUCUAUUCGACGCUAAUUUCCAUGCAAACGGCAGAACAGGUCUUAUCCAGGCGAUCAGCGAGAGAAGCUACAGUCGUAUUUCCUCCUCUUUUCCUGCCAAGCCCUCAAUUUCAUCGGCAAAACAUAAGUUAGCGAUUGUUUUGCCUCCAAUGCUGACUGUUCCUUUGUGAUCUUCCAGUGGGUUAUUCACAAUUCUCUCCAGAAAGAUAUUAAGAUCUGUGAGAGCAGAGAGCCUUGUCUGACUCCGACCGUCGUUCUGAACCAAUUUCUUGUUCCACCAUUAAGAUGAACUGCACAGGUACCCUUGUUGUAAACAAUGUCUUUGAUUGGAAUCAGGUUGACAUCACUUUUGUAAAGCCUCAUUGUAGACCAAAGGACUUCGUGCCGUACUCUGUCAAACUCACCAUUUUGACAGAGAGCUUUUGUUGAUAUUGGAGGUACGUCUCACACGGUAUCCUGAGGCUGAAUCAGGCUGUUCUGUUAUCACCGUGUUGUACUGUCCUGCCCCUGUUUGUUCGUCCGUGAUGAUUGUCUCUGCCUGGGGCCUCAGCCUAUUUUACAGCCUCUUUAGCGUGACUUUACUUGGAUGGCACAUCCAGCUGAUUGUGCGACAGUUCUUGCACUUUUGAAGGUUAACUUUAUUUGAAAGGACUGGGUUCAAGAAACCUAAGUAGUAUUGCAAACAAGUUUCAGUUCGUCUUUUUGUGAGAAACAUUUUGACAUUUCUGGCCAAUGAAAGGUAAUAUUUUCCUACUGCCCAUUUCAAAAACACGCGUCAACUCUGAUGUUCAAAAGCGAACUAACGCUUGCCUUCUUCGCUGCCAACAAUCAUCUUUGCCUGACUCUUAGGAAACAGAAGUUUACUUUAUCGAGUUCAAAGAGUCAUGUUUUGCGUUUUCUGAUUGAUGAAUUUCGAUCCGUUUUGUGUCUUUCUGUUUUCCAAGGUUCAACUGCUUAUGUUUGACGGCAGCGAAAGCGCAAUUAUAAGCCUGUCUUUUAUAUUUCAGAGUUCACAUGUGAUUGAAUAGCGCGGUAAUUUUUAGCAAUUCAUUUUCUUAUGUCUCGUUUUCUGAACAGUCAGCAAAUAUAUCAACAUUACGCCCCAAGUAAGGAAAUCCAAGACAGUCUUGGAUUCCGGAUUCUACCCCUUGGAUUCCGGAUUCGAGGUACUACAUUCAGGAUUCUUUGUCAUUAAAACUAGGAUUCCGAAUUACAAUUAAUAGUAAGAUUCCCAGAUUCCUUGAUUUGUAUUCCGCAUUCUAAAGCCCAAUAUUUCGGAAUCCGAAAGCAAAUAUAUUUCCCGGAUUCUGGAUUCGACAAGCAAAAACUUCCCGCAGUCCGGAAUUGAGAAUCCGGAUUCCCUUACAUGAGGCGAAAGAUUGUACGUGAGAAUUUUUGGCGUUCUCAUAUAUUUUUACGUACACUAUAGGGCCCCAUUAGUUUGUCUGAAGUAAAACUAGAGAAGUGCACAAUAAGCAGGAGAGACGAGCCUCAAUUCACUGAGUCGCUGGUUGAUCAGGCACCACUGUCGUGGAAAGACCUCAUCAACAGUGGAGCAACUUUUCAAGUGACAUUUGACAUGUUGGAUGACUUGAUUAACCCGAUACACGAAGCUUACAGCAUCAAACGAAAUAUGACGAGGAAGCUUCACUACAGGUUGACUGAUUGUUCUUUUUAUAGCAAAUUAUUUGGCAGGUUCAAAUCAAUUCACACGCCACUAUUAUUCUGCUGGUAGAUCUACAUGAUCAGAUAAAUACUAUUCCGAAAUAGAAAAUGUCUUAUUUCAUUGCACCACUUUGAGUUUAAGAAAUUGGAAUUAGAAUCAAUGAUUGCAAUGUUGGAAAAACGCGGAUUUUAUAACUACAGCUGUAAGAGAAUAGUAGUUACAAAAUUGGAAAACUGGAUUUUGACUCCAUUUGAUGCUUAUAUUAGAGCAGAUAUUUGCCGAUGGAAAUGAAGUGGAUGAGGGUUAAGCGAGAAGUCCAUUUUUUAUGUCAACAAAGAGUUGAGAAUGCUUUGAUAUCAAUUGAAACCCGGACCAAUUCAUGAUCAUAAGGUCAUUUGUGGUAUAUGGUCAGGUCACAGGAAAGAUUUGGUUGGUAUGAGUGCAGAAGUAGCCAAUAUAAGCAAGACAUAGUCUUAGAAACCUAGCGUUCUGAAUAAGUAGUCUUAGUUGUUGUUUCUUUGAAACAGAGGCGGAGAGUGGUACACUAGCGAUGAAAGAAAUGUCUUCCAUCUGUACAGCGGUUUUGGUGAAAAGGUCACUGAUAUGCGCAAGCAUAAGAUAUCCAUAUUUGGUCUUACACUGACGUACAAAGAAAAAGACGGUAGCCUUGUUCUCGAAGAAGACGAUUUCAAAUCUGCCAAGAAAACUUUUCCUGCGAUUCCCUCUGAUCUUAAAGGAAUGCGUUUGGCUCGUAUUGAAGAAUUGGUUAAAGGAAAGGCGGUCAGAAGAGCGGACCCCAAUCCCACAACCCCUCCCCCGCCCCCUCCAUGCAAGCCCAGGUGGUCCAAUGCCUUUCGUUUGGAGCUCGAAAAUGUGGACGGAAAGUGUCUCCAUUUUACAGCAGCAUCAACUGGACCAAUUAAAGUUCUGUUUUCUGCCAAGCCAGGAAAUGAAGAAAAUCGCUACGGCGUCGUAAUAGAACCGACUAUAGUCAGGAUGUUUAAGGUAGGCAUUGAUCCUGUUAAGAAACACUUAAACUGUUAAGCAACAAACUGUCAAACUUAUUCAGUACGUCGAUGAAAGCGAAAACGCACUAAAAGUGAAUAUCCCAAACUAACGCCUCCAUAAAACAAAUUUAAUGAGUAUUUGUGCGAGAAACAAAAUUCACACUAGGUCAGAUUGAAGACAGCAUUCAACAAUGUCCAUUAACACGUUUAAAUGGAUCUGAAAUGUUAAUUCAACAACGUUUGAUGAUUUUACACCAUUAUUUUCGAUUCCUUAGGUGCUUACAUGGCAUGCAAAUGCAACGCAAGCGAAAAUUGCAGCUCACGACUGAUAAACAAACUUUUAAGAGCCUUAAAAGGCUCUUACCUAGUGAAUUAUUUAUCGUUGAAUUGUGAUAUGACAAUCGAAAUUAAUCUACUGGAGCUGUGUGGAGAAAUUUAUCAAAAUUCAAGCAGUUUGAACUACCACCAUAUCGAGUUAAACAUAAAUAAAACCUUUGAAAACGUUAAAAAGGUAUAAGUAGCACAGCUGAUACAAAAGGAGACAUUGAUGGACAUAUUAGGAAGAAGAUUGCAACUGAUAGCCUGCGAAUACAGCCCUCUCUUCUCGUUCGUCGCCGUUAGGGACGUUUCGGUUUGCCUCAGCGACAGAAAUUCCAAACUGUCGACGUAAAUCAAUGUUUACGUUGUUAAUCCGGUAGUCAACGGGUUCCAAAUAAAAAUUUGUUCAAUUUUAUGUUUCUCCUGGUCGAUUAUGGUAACGUUUUGUGUACUUCUGCGAUCAAGAUCCAGGAAAACUCAAAUUAUAGCUUCAAAUGCGUCUUCUAAAGAAGAAUGUAUUACACGAGGUUCCAUUUCACCUUUGUGACCUUUUGUUUUCCAUUCGUGAACAAUACCUUUCCUGACCAGAUUCAUAAAUUAAAGAUUUCACCACAUCAGUAUGGAACUGGCAGUUGCGCAGACGUCUUUCCUGCGAAUCGUCCCUAACGGCGAGGAGCGACGAGAGACGACUGUAUUCUGUAAUUACGUCAUUUGCAAUGUUUGAUAUAAUGCUUGGGAGACAUGUGUGAUUCGCACCAAUUGAAGCUGUGAUUUUGUCAUUUAAAAGUUCCGUAGCGAAUGAGAACGACCAGUCGGCAUUGUAAACAAAAUGAACUUAACAUCAAUUUUGUCUUGACAAUAUCAAUACUUCUCAAGAGGAUUUAGAAUUUAGAAUUAAUAAACUGAGCACCAAAGCGAAAAUAAUUUUAUCUUUUAGCAAAUGCUCUCAACUAAUUCUUCAAGGUAAUGUAUGGAGACCAGUGAGGAGAAUUUCUAUGUGGAUAUUGGGGCUGAAAGGCUUCACUUUUCCUGUUUGCAGGGCAAGGAUGCCAGAGACUAUAAGCAUGAUGUGACAAAUGUAGACGCAGUUGGGUUGGGUGCGAAAUCGUUGUAUGAUGCUUACUUCGUGUGCAUCACUGUCUCUGGCGAAAGAACUUUGAUUGAAUAUGGUAAAAGUAAAGGCACAAGAGAUACUGGUAAUGUCUUCCUUAGUAUGGUGGACAGGACCAGGAACUUUGAUGUUCGAUUCUAUGCUUUUGGAAACGAAGGUGCUGCCGCGAGAAUCGUGGAUGCCCAUAUUGUAUCCCGUAAACUAUUCCAAAUGACCUGCAGAGAAAAGACUGUAAAGGAUGCGAAAGAGAACUUGUGCAUGGAGGGCUGCCACAGAGCCUGUGAUCCAUUUGAAAGUAGGUUAUUUUCGGAAGGCGUUUCUAUUGUAUUGCUUCUUAGCCUGUUAGCAAGCUUCCUUGGGUGCUCCGGGGGCACAGCGAAAAUUGUGCUCACGCCCCUGAGAGCUUGCUAGCAGGUUUAUUGCUUCUGUGCGGUGUAAAUUGUUACGAUUAGUUGUCAAAUUGUUGCCAAGAAAUGAUGCAAAUAUUCCGAUGAAAAUAAACUGCUAAAAUCGUAAGCCUUCUCCACGGAAUAGGCUAGCCUGAGAGAAGAGCCGAAAUUCUGCAACGCCAGCAUUGGUUUCCCCGCGAAAUCAGACCUCUGAGGAACUAAAUGAACGAAGAAAUUCCAUAAUGAUGACGCUACACAACUCAGAUCUGGAGAGGGUCGCGUUAUCAGUAUGGAAUUUUUAUGCUCUUUCUUCAGAGGUCAUAUUGCGGGGAAAUCUGUAGCAGUAAUUAUAAUAAUCAAGUUUUUUUUUCUUCGGUAUGGUCCGCACCAGUCCUCUUGUGACUGCAUUAGUCAGAUUUUGCUGGCCUUUUCAUCAGCAGCUUACAUGCUGACGCUUGUUCUUGUUGAUUAUUUCCAUUUCGUCUUUUUUUGGCUGAAAAAAAAAUAAGUGUAGUGCUGUUUUUCAGGUUGCUCAGAGAAAAACAAUGACAAGAAGUGUAACAAGUGUCGUUUUGCAAAGGAUCCUGAUGAAAAUCAAUGUUUGGAAGAAUGCCUGGCACCAAAGACGCUGAAAAAGAAUAAAGAUUGUGUCGGUAUGGUGUUGUCUCUUUCUUCAAUGCGACAGACCCAUGGUUUAUCAAUCCAACGUAACAUUGCCGGCGUAUUUUGGAUAUGUUCAAACGGCUUUGAAAGAUUUACUGACCUUUUUGAGUCUGAUUCCACAUAAUCCAACGACUGUGUUAACACUGUCCAACAACGUCACUUAGCCCGGUUUUUCCUAUCCAGUAAUGUUGAGAAUAUCUCUAUCAUGGAAGGAUCCGCUCACACGGGCCCCUAUUAUGCAUUUUUUUCAUAUCCCAGUAAUACACAAUACACAUUAUAUAUACAUUACCCCAGUAAUACACAAUACACAGGCGUCUGCGAGAAAAUUAAUUCAAGGACCAACCCAAGCUCGCGAGCUUUUUAAUUGCACCGCAUUUCUGAUCAUUUCCCUUGUCGACUUCAAGAGAAAUUAAUGCUGUUAUAAAUAACAAAGAAGAUUUCAUUUGUGCUUAAGGCAAAUUACUAUCUUUAAAAUUACUUUAAAGAAAAAGUAACUUUUAUCGUGGCGAGUUAAAUUAAAAGUUUACCAGCCUCUAUUUAAAAGUAAAAUAUACUUUUUGUUGGAAACGUCUAGGCGUCUCUUUGAUCAGAGCAAAAACUAGACACUUUAACUGUUUUUGGAAAUUUUAGUGCGGAGGGUACGAUUCAAUUCUCUCCUUAAAAAACGAUGUCUGUCCUUAGAAACUGGUUCAUGGAAAAAUUCCAUUUCUAAUGUUUCCUUGUUAUGCGCUUCCGACUUGGUCAGGAAUGAAAUUAAAACUUCCCUUUUCAUUAUUAAGUUUCACUCUCAACUAUUGAGGUCUUGGUGUGGCUAGCAUUUGCAAGCAGUUGCUAGAAACGUUUUAUUUCUUUUAACAGACUCGUUUGAUUAUAAAGUUGAACAAGGCAAUUCACUCCUGCAUGGAAAUGUUUUACCGGGCGCUGAAGAGUACACUAUGUGCUUUUGGGUACGAUUGGCGAAGGACUGGGUCGAAAAUAACAAUGGCUUGGACACGUUUGCAGAUUUUGUAGACCUUAGAAUGAAAGCAGUUAGCGGAAGUGAUUACUCCAUCGCAUAUGAGUCGAGAGGACCUACAUCAUUAAGAAUCGACUGAGACAAUCAGAGGCCUUGGGUGUAGUAAGACACUUUUUUGUUCAAUUUUUCAUCCUUAGAAAAGUCAAAUCAAUGAAAAGUACCAUGCUAAUACUUUUAUAGACUUUACUUUUAGCAUAUUAUUUGUUUAUUUUAUAGAAUCGUUUAACUAUUACCACAAGUGAGGUUACAUGUAUUAAAUUGGCAUAUGUAAUCAAAUGGUGAGUCGGAAAAUUAUUAGGAUUUGGACCAAACGCGCGUGAAAUUAUUUCCUUAUUUCACUCGUCACCAUUUCCUAUCAGAAUAACAUGGGUGACAAAAAAAUAGGCUCAAAAUCGUGGGUUUAAGCAAGUUAAUCUGAAAAAUUUAGAGCUUGAUGAUUUUGGCUACAGUUCAUAAUUUUCCGAAUUUUUCGACAAAAUACAUAAUAGAAUUCUUCUUGGUCUGCUCUUUUGUGUGUUUAGAUUUCUAAAGCGUCUUUUAAUGCACUGACAUCUUCAUUCAUAAAUUUUCAAUCGUUGACGCCAUUUGACGCUAAGACGUAAGGAACGUUGCCGUGGCAAUUUUGUAAUUUCACCUGUGAAAUUAUAAAUUGACGCUGAAGGCUUGCGCCAAGAUCGAGGAGUAAUUUGUCACUCAUGAUAUUAGAACCUUUAAAUGAUGAAUUUAGUAAAAUGAGAUGGAAAUGCUCACAAACUUAUUUAUUAUAUUUUGGAUCAUCUGCAGCAUUGAAUUUGCGUCGCUUGGAGACAAGAAUUGGCAUCAGCUGUGCCAUGCCUGGUCUAGCAGGACAUCUGCUUGGGCAAUUUACCUAGAUGGAAGCAAAGAAAGGACGGGUCUCUAUGAUUUCAGGGUUGCCAGUGGUUUCGAGAUAUACUUUUCACAUUAUAGUCAACUCGGCUCUAACUUAUUUUUACUCUCCCAAUUGAACGUUUGGGAUAAAUUUUACUCCAGCCAAGAAAUACAGAAACUGUCUAAAAAAUGCAACGCAGGUGUGGGCAAUGUCGCCUCUUGGGUAGAAAUGUAUGACGCAAAAAAGAAAGCGAUGUUUUCCAAGGCUUCCAAGUGCAAAGCGAAGGCAGAGAUUCCAACGACUACUCCUACCACAACAUCGACUACUCCUACCACAACAGCCACUACCCCAACUACAAAACCAACAACUCCUCCCCCUCCACCACCAGGUGCUAAUUGAUCAUUGUAUUUAAAUUUUUUCACAACAAAAAUACGGUUAGUAGAAAUUUCCAUAUGCAACCAACCAAUUAAUAUGCCAAGAUUUGGUUUUCGUUUACGGAGGUGUUUGUUGUUACAAGAGACACCUCAACUUUAGUGUUUUGGCUGGAAAAAAAUGACCUUUUGUUUUGGGAAUAUGGCUUCUUUCGAGAGGUAAUCUCGCGUGGAGGGUACAUCAAAGUAACAUACCUGUUACUAAAGAGAAUGUGAUAAAAAUGAUGAAGUCACAAGAGAUUACUGUCAUCACUUAGUACCUUUACCCGUACACCAAAUGCUCUAGUGGAGGUAUGACUUUUAAAGAAACAAAUAUCAGCAGGAAACAAUCAUUAUAAUUAAUAGUGCUUAAAUUUGUGAUUUUUUUUCAGUAAAAUUUGCUUCAGUUCAAAACCUGAAAACAUCAGCCCAAUUUUGUCAAGUUUUAAUACAUGUCCAUCUUUCAUUGUGAUCGCGUAGCAACAGACUACUAGCAAGAAGCAAUUUUAGUGCGCAAAUUGAGUCUUAAAAAAAAUGCACACACAAACAAGCAAAACGGGACCAUUAUAGUUUGGAAUUCAAUGGAUGUGAUAUGACAUUGGCAGAUUUGGAUCCGUUUCACGGCAAGAAAUAUGGCAUUCACCGUCUCGGAAAACCCUCGGUUAAUUUUCGAAAACGCGGCAUUUUGCUAAAAUUCUCUCGCGUUUUCCCGUCGUAAAAUCCACUCUUUUCCCGUCGUUUUCUGGCCGGUGAAUUUGAAUAUUCGUUCCAUUAUCCGAUAGUUUUCAGGCUCAGUUAACACCAGGAAAACGCUUGUUUUACUGACUUAUUCAGACCCACCCUGUUCUUCAAGUGGAGAUGAUUCUAGAAAGUUAUGCGAAAGUUUAUUCUAAUCAAUUCAUGACUGGAUAGCCCAUUCCAGCUAGUGCAGUACAGCACGGUGCCCAAGAAUAACAAAAAAAUAGAUAUAAAAAUUACUCAUCACAUUUAGUUAGGCGAGUAACUGGAUUAUUACGCCGACUUCAGGUUAAUAUUCAGGUCUUCAAAAUAAUUCAAUAAACAUGAAGACGUCUUUAAAAACAUGCGUUGCCCAAAUUUUCUCUUGCUGCCCAAAAAAUCUGAGUUGCCCAAAAUUUUCGGGGGGCUGUGUCUGUUUUUCAAGGCUUGUUGCUUGUGAUCGUAAUUAUGAUUGAUGGCAGCGAAAAACGCAAUUUUAUGCUGCAUUCUAAAUUUCACAGUUUUCAUGUUAUUGAGAAGUGCAGUAAGAGAUGUUUGUUGAGUGACGACUUUACCCUGGAUAUAGAAUCUUCCUUUAAGUUAAACGUCGCAUGUCGCGGUGCUCUAAGCAACUUUGUUUAAUUUUUCCUUUUCUUUUCACAGAAUCAUUUGAUUUUAAAAUCGAACGGAACAAUGAUUUGGUGAAGGUCGGAAAGGUCCUACCUGGAGCUGAAGAGUACACUUUGUGUUUUUGGCUUCAACUGACGCAGAACUGGGUCGCAAACAGCGAUGGUUCUGACACAUCAGCAGAAUUAAUAGAACUUGAAAUGAAAGCAGUUAGUGGGGAUGAUUACUCUAUCGCAUAUCAGUCGAGAGGACCUACUGUUUUCAGAUUCGACUGGGACAAUCGCAAAACUGGGGAGAUGUAAGUUGAUAUUUCUCUUUUGUACAAUACUAAUCACUCAGGCUCACAUCUGAAAAAGUACCAUACUUUCUUUUAUACGUUUUAUUUGUGCUGUCACACUUAUUUUCAAAGCUUAUAGAUUUUUUAGUAUUUAACAAUUAUUCCUCGAGCCCGAAUGAGCUCUAAGUCAAUAGCCCAUGAGACCGAAGGCCGAAUGGGCUAUUGACUCAGAGGCCAUGUUUGUUUUAGUAAAAUCCAACCUGUUGGUCAAAAAUAUCGAACCAACUUUAGCUAGUUAAAGCUAGACUUUAAUCCUUUUUUGCCGCGAAAAAGCCCGCGCUUUUUCCUACUAGUGGGCUAUAACAUAUAGCCUAGUGGUAGCUCAACCAAUCAGAACGCAGCAUUGAUAAUAGACCACUAGUUGGAUUUUACUAAUAACUGUUACUACAAGUGUGGAAACAUAUCAACUCCAGCUGAAACGAAAGUUAACUUUCUUUAAUUUCCCAAGGUUUUUUCACGCGAUUCAGGCGGAACGAAGCAGGCGAAGGGAAGAACUUGAUCAAACUUAAUAACGAGGCUAAUUAAUAUACAUUACCACACAAAUUUAUAAUUUGUUAGUUUAGUUCGCCGCAUGUGAAGAUCGACGUUUGUCCCGAAGACAAUGUUCACCGACAGACGUUCUUUUCGUCUGAAGCAGAACGUGUUGCACGAUCCAAACUCAUUUAGACGAAUUUAACUGACCCAGACGUCGAACUUUUCAUGAGCUUAACUCACUAAGUCUGGUACGUCUCAUGUAAAGUUUUACGUUUGGCUUAGACCUUAAUUCGCGACAGUUGUGCUCUUUCCGGCCCUCGUUGGAAGAACAGCUUCGUAAAGUCUAAGCAAAAUUUAUGAGACCGGAUGAAGUUGUUAUGGUUACAAAUACAGUAAAAACUGGUCAAUCUUUGAUGUUCGGCCGUUAUCUGUAAAACGAAGCGCUUUUGAAAUUCAAUUUCACCUCAUAGUACUUCAACCUUUUUAAGAACGUGUCACGUGAAAGAUCCUGGAGAUUGCCCGAAUGAAUGAGAAGGAUUUGAUUAGCAUGUACUGAGGCACGAGUCUUGUCAGCGGUUUUGUAAACAUUUUGGUCUUCUUAAACAAGCGAAUUAUUUUGAAAUCGCUGAUAGAUUUUUUUUUAAAUGAGAUUCUCGAGAUUAACUGUCGUUUUAUAUGACCUUUGAGUUUCAAGAUUAUUAUUGUGGUUUGAUGACUUGUCAGGCAAUAAGAUAAGAGCUACAAUGGAUGUUACUGAAACGAGGAACGGGGAGCGGAGAACGAACACGGGGAACUGGAAAAUGAAAAAUAAAAAAUAAAAUAAAUAAUUAGAAUUUUCAGUUACUGAUAGGGCUAGGGUUCAAGUGAGGUUUUGUUCCCUUUUUUAUUUCCCCGUUCCCCGUUCCCCGUGCUCGUUUCCCGCUUCCUGUUCCCCGUUUCAGUAACACCCCAACACCCGAGCUACAAUUCUCUAUUUUUUUGGUCGGGUAAGAGCCUCUCAUUAUUUAGGGAUAUUGUCUUAUCUCCAAUUUCCAUUUUCACGUGAGAAGCAGUGACUAACAACGAAUUUGAAAUAUGCAGAAAUGUACAGUUAGCUCUUGUUGCCCCGACGAAAAUAUGUAUCUUGGGUACCAGCCUACUUCCAAAUGUCAGUGAACUUGUUAAACUCAAUCACGUCUUCUGGUGAUGGGAAUUGUCUGUUUUCUAUAAUAUUUGAACCUUUAAAUGAUAGACAUAAAUUUAGCAAAUAUCUAAAAUAUUAACCUCAUAAUAAUUGAAUGAUAAAUAACAUAUAUCGUAUAUUUUGGAUCAUUUGAAGAUUGAACGUUGCGUCGCUUGAGGACAAGAAUUGGCAUCAAGUCUGCCAUACCUGGUCCAGUAAGACAUCUACUUGGUCAAUUUACAUGGAUGGAAUACAGAAAAAGACGGGAAACUAUCAAUUCAGGGCUACCAGUGGGUUCAAGAUAUCCUUCCCGCGUUCGGGUUCAUGGAUCGGCAGCAAUAAAUUCUUACUUUCGCAGGUGAAUGUUUGGAAUCGGAUCUUCACCAGCGACGAAAUAAAAACAUUGUCCAAGAAAUGUGACGCAGGAACGGGCAAUGUGGCCUCUUGGGCAGACAUGUAUGUCCGAAAUAAGAAAGCGAUGUUUUCCGAGCCAUCCAAGUGCAAACCAAAACCAGGUGCCAUAACGCUACUUUUUAAAGCAAUAUGUGAACAUAAAUACAAUCGAAUUGUAACUUGCCAAAAGCAACCAAGUAAAAUGCCCAUAUUUGGUCAUUUUUGUUUGCUGAGAAUUGUCGUUGUUACAUUUAUGAGAGACGUCAACUGUUAAGUGUAUUGGGUUAGUUAAUUCAUCCCGUUAUCUAUACCGAUUCCACGCAAAGUAUUAACAAGGAAUCUCAUUUGCCCUCAUCCCAGUUGCUUGCUGUAUAGUUUGUAUGUAUCACUGUUUAUACUGGCAAUUUUAUAAUUGUAUUAUCAUUAUCAUCAUUGUUUAUUAUUGCGCCAAGAUUCCACGGUAUAAAGAUACUUAUUUUCGUCUUUACAGGCACAUAUGAUCUGAACAUCGCCAAAGGUGUUUGGAUUGGAGCUAAACCGGGAACAGGUACAUUUGAAGAGUACACGUUGUGCUUCUGGCUGAAAAUCGGAAACUGGGUUCGAGUACAAGGUUCCAACACAGCAGUGCAGCUGGUUCUUACUUCAAUGACUAUCAGUGGUGCUUCCUUGCCCAAAUCUCUGACUUACUCUUUGUUAGGAGACGAGAUCACUAACAUAAGAUUAAAAGUGGGUGAUUUUUAUAAGCCAAAGACUAGGUAAAUUUACGUCUUGUAAAAAUAACCAAUCUUAACUGGUCCUUUUGUUUUACGCAUUUCUCCCAAAGACGUUUGACAAUGUCUGUACCAAUUGAGAAGAGGUCGAUAACGGCUUAAGCAAAGUACAACCGAUAAUUGGCGUUGUCAAUUGGACUAUGCGUCCCACGCGCGGAAAACAGUAUUUUGAAUCAUUUUCCGUGUUCAGUCUCUGAUAAGACGUUCUCUCUGGGAUAAUAGGGACCAUAAACAAGGACGACGACGACGGCAGUGAAAAUGUUUGCGUUCUUUCAAACGUAAUAGCUUCUAUUUGGACCCGCUCAAUAUGUCAAAUGCGGGCGACUUUUCCUGAAGUUGAAUUCUUAAGGAUUUUAUUCAGCUUCAAAAAGAUGGAGGAAAAUCCGUUUCAUAGUGGAAUGUGUAGUCAAUUUGUUAUUGAUUGAGUCGUUUUGACCGUGUACUGAUAUUCUUUAUCAUCAGGCAAUGAUGUCAGUCCAUUUGCUGGACAUAUGCAUUUAUGCAAACAUUUAUUAUUUUCCUCGGACGCUACCUUUUUCAGCAAACAAAUCCUUCAGUUCGCUUCUGACCUUAUUGGCUAACGCGUACGUACACUAACCAUAUUUGGAGCUCAUGGUAUAAUGGCUCGCUAGGCAAAUCAAAAUUCAGGGAUUCAGCAUUUAUUGAUGUUUGAUAUUCCGAGAAAGCGAACCAAUCAUAUUUCUUGAAAAACCAUAUCAAUCAGUGCAAAUUAACCUGAAUUUCCCGAAUUAAGUUGUACAGACAGGUCGUACUUAGAACCUCAUCGUUUAGCCCAUAAGACCGACAGAUACUACUGUUCCAAUGAAUAGAGCUUGUACAAUUUACAGCAGAAGCUUAAGGUGCAUCGGCCUUCAUUGCAUACUAGCGACGCCAAUGAAUGAACUGAUUUCAAAGUAAUUUACAAUAAUCCCUUUUUUUAUUUACAGUCAGAGCAUGGGUGUCCUUGCUGACAAGAAUUGGCAUCAUGUGUGUCACCUGUGGUCUACCAAAACAAAUGAAGUCAAAAUUUUCGUUGACGGAAAGGCAGGAGCGACCGGUACUCUUUCCUAUGGCAAAGCACCUACAAAGUUUGUCAUAAGCCUUGGACCAACCAGUGCAGCUAUCGGUACCAACACGCUUUAUUUGUCACAAGUGAAUGUAUGGGAUCGGCUUCUUACCAGCACUGAUAUUACACAGUACUCCCAAAGUUGCAACGCUGGGAUAGGCAACUUGGUGUCUUGGGCGAAUAUGUACGACGAAUCAAAGGUGUCUUGGUACACCAAACCUUCUAAUUGUAAGGCGCCAUCAGGAAGUACAAGGGGUGAUUCAGAAUCUUCUCACGCUCGCCGACAUCUUCCUGUGGCAUCUUAUACCCAUCUACCAAAGCACUCAAUAAAAUAUAGAAAAUGAGAAACUUUUCUCAUCCUUCUUGCUUGUAAUUGUAACUGAAAUGGCCUUUAACCUUGAUAAAGUGAUAAACCAUUAGUACCAGUAUAGCAGUACGUGCCUCAAGUAGAGAGUGAAUGAUCAUAGUAUUUUUAUUAUUUACGGCUUUGAAGCGCUGGAAGAUAAGAAGGGAGGGAGUUUGUGGAAGGGAUUCGACUUAGUUUACUCUUCCUCCAUGAUACGCACUGUGCAGUGCAUGACACUUAUUCAGUUUAAAUGAUCCAUCUUUGAAAUAUUCAUGGCUUUAAUCUGUUAUCAGAGAUAAUUGUCUAACAGUAUUCAUAGCUUAUCCUCGUAAUGGUUGUCAGGAAAUAAAAUUGAAAUUUAGGCAAAUAUUGAAACAGCAUAUUUAAAUGAUAAAGAAUUAUGAACCGAUAAGACCUUUAGUCUCAUGAAUUAGCCUGGAACAGCUGCAAUCUUUCCCGUAGCAAUUGUAUCCUGCAUUAAAGUUCAAAUUGUUCUGAGUAUGAAGAAUAGCUUGUUGCGUUUGUUUACUCUUUUCAUUUAUUAUACGAUUUUCCGUCGAAAACGGUUUACUGUAAGUAAGCAAUCAGCCCACAAUUUUUCUCCUAAAUUGAUUUCCCCUUAUGCGUGUCAUUAAACUCAUGGUUACGCAGUUCUCCUGGGACUGUACGGCCUCCCUCACAUUCCUACCAAGCUUUUGCGUUAAUGAAAUGAGUGGGAACUUCAAAAAAUGUUUUCCUUAAUACAAUGAAUGACGAGAACUUGGGUUGGUACAAUAACUGCAUUUUAUGUAAUGACGCUCGAAGGACUGAUUAUUCCCCUCUUAGGUAAAGUGCAGAGUGAUACCAAGGGGUGGGGAAUGAAGGAAAAAGUCUGAAGUGACAUCCGUUUUCGCACCUGGCAAGGAGGCUAUAGCACCCCUGACCUUCUCGUGCACUAUGUACUCGGUUAAAACGCUUCUGGGUUUUUUGGUGUUAGCAAAGUGUUCCCACAUCGUUAAUCAAAUUUUAUCAUAGAACAUCGCUGAUUGCCAACAUAACCGUUGUUUCAUCAGUUUUGAUUUAUUCGAUUCUUUGCUCUCUUCUCUCUAUUGCAGUUUGAGCAAUAUCAGCGGGCAACGCAAGUUACUAGUUCCUCACUAUCGAUAGCGUUAGGGUUAUAUAGAAUACUUCAUACAAAUUGCGCGCCUACGGUAUUUACCCACGUGUGGUUGACGUAUCACAAAUCGACCGAUUGAGCGCAGCGAACGAUUAAGAUUUCUGAUACAAAAUCAACGAGUGCGUGCGUAAAUACCAUGUUCAACUGUGAGACAAUUCAUCAUACUGCUACUCUUUUUAUUUCAAAACUUUCCAAAGCGCUAAAAUGCUAAAAUCUACCACUACACACAGAAAAAUGACAACGAAAACGUAGUAUAUCUGUAAAAAGCCUCUUAUAAAAGUUACAAGAGGGCAAUGCAAGGACGGCGGUAAUCCAGGAAUAACAAACCAUGUUAACUCUUGUUCUCAAUGUACAAUUAAAAAUGAAUGAAUUUGGGGAGAAGGGCCAAUUUGAAUAUAAACAGUAGACAAAAUUGCUCCAGGUUCAGCUUAAAAUAUUCUCUAGAUUUCUCGUUCUGUUCCCCAUCGGCUAUUGUUUUGCCGGCACUCCACAAUUUUUUUCGUGUACAGUGAAACAUUACGAAACUGUCCAGCUCCAUUUACGAGUUUCACCUUUUUACGAGAAAAACUAGGAGAGAAACUCUGCCUUGUGGUCUUUUCUCGUUGAAUGUCUGCGAGGCAACUCGGAAAGCGAGGGCUCUGCAAGUUGCAAGCUACAAUCGCCUACAAAGGCGGGAAUUUUGGGCCGAAACUCACACACCUCUGUGGCUUUUGAUCAGACGUAUCAUUUUUGUCACACAUAAAAAAACAUCGUUCACGGGGCUGAUUGAACGUAUCACUUUUUUCACGUCUGAAAGAUAUCGUUGUUCCCUCCUCUGAUUGGCUAGAAAUCAUUUGCGUAUGAACUUUUCAGUGAGUAAGUCAGUAGGUAUAUAAUAAAAACGAUUUAUACCUGCUGCAUGUAACUGAUAAUUUUUCAGUAUCUCCUGAAAACACACUCGUGUGAAAAAAUAUGGCAACUUAUGCAAGUAAAACGCGGUUUAUAACGCAUUAACCACGCUUCCUCUAAACUUAAACUUUUAUAGGAUUCUCAGCUGGCGAAGUAAAUGUUACGAGACUAACAUGGCUAUUAAAGUGAAAGUUUCACCUUAGUUACACGUUACGCCGGACGUUACGCUAAAGGUCUGUCGCAGAUGCUGUUAACCCUGGGUGCUAAAACCGCUGACCAGGUGAGCACGUGACCUUUUCGUGAAAUCGUGUCUUAGGAACAAAAUAAAGUAAAGGCCCUAUGCCAGAGUAAACAGACUCGUACCCAGUCGCUAUUUAAUUGUUCCCUCCUCUGAUUGGCUAGAAAAUCAUUUGCGUAUGAACUUUUCAGUGAGUAAGUCAGUAGGUAUAUAAUAAAAAUCGAUUUAUACCUGCUGCAUGUAACUGAUAAUUUUUCAGUAUCUCCUGAAAACACACUCGUGUGAAAAAAUAUGGCAACUUAUGCAUGUAAAACGCGGUUUUUAACGCAUUAACCACGCUUCCUCUAAACUUAAACUUUUAUAGGAUUCUCAGCUGGAGAAGUAAAUGUUACGAGACUAACAUGGCUAUUAAAGUGAAAAGUUUCACCUUAGUUACACGUUACGCCGGACGUUACGCUAAAGGUCUGUCGCAGAUGCUGUUAACCCUGGGUGCUAAAACCGCUGACCAGGUGAGCACGUGAUUAAUGUUUUAGAUUAAUUGGUAAAACAGCAGCAUCACGCUUUUUUUUUACAUUUCUUUGUAGUCACUGCACGACUAUGACGUGAAAGCCUUAUUUGACGUUUUGUGGAGGUCGUGAACACAAGAAACAACUUUCUUUUUUUUCUUUUCCUGAACUUCGAUACAGUCCUUUGAAAUUCAAGUCCAGAAGCAUUUGCCAAUAUUUGACCAAUUGAACACGAUGGAAUGAGCGCGAUAAAGCAUAAGGCAGCGGGAAUUCACGUUUCAAGUUACGGUUUCGUAGUUGUUAACGUCGUCUUUGCUUAAAUGAGAUUUAUUUCUGAAAGAAAUAAAUGGUUUUAUGCUUAAUGUGACUGAUCAUUAUUGUAUUUCUCCAGCUAUCAGCAAAGGAGGGUUUCCUGUCAUCCGGGUGAUUUGUCACGAAAGUGUCAUUUAUGUCACGGGUCAUGUAAGUCACAGAAGCGAGGCACAAGGCCUCCUUCCUCGCAUUACAAGACAGUCAGAAACAUUUUUGAUGGCGACCGGAUUUAGAUGCAGGAUGCGUGCGAUUUAUCAGUCUCUUUCGCUCUUCUUGGGUCUUACGUACCGAGCAUCACCUCUUCUUUGAGAUAAGUACUAGAUUAUUGCCGAUGGCUCACCGCUUACUCUCGGUGCUGUAUUGAUGUCCACAGUCAUGUUCGUGCACAUGAUCGUCUUGUUGAUUGCGGGAAUUCAUACACGUUGCGGUCGUUUAUGCUAAUGAAAUGCCAUUGUUUAUUGGUAACAUCGAAUUCUACAUCCAAUCGACCAUUAAUUUUUAAUGUUUUCAGUUACACUGGCGUGUAAGCUAGUCCGUUCGGUGUCCGUAGCACAGUUUCGUUGUCCCUCAGACUGGUUGUGCGUCGUGUUCUUCAGCUACUUUUAUCGCUGGUGCCAACUGGCGCUAUAUUUGAAAUCAGUAACACUCGCCCGAUCUUCAUUUUUAUUUAUACCAGCCUGGAGCUGGGUUUAUGAUCUUGUUUUAUGAUUUGGAAAGACACUUUAUUUAUUCAUUAUUAUUUUGAGUUUGCCUUUAUGCACAUUUGAGCAUUUUUGACCUUUGGACUCAGCUUAUAUGUAUAAUUAAAAUUACAGUAUUAUAACAACAACAACAACAACAACAACAACAACAACAAAGCCAAACAAAACGGUGCGUUAUUAAACCCUACAGGCUAAAACUUGCAUGCACGAUACUUUCAGCACUGUUACAAGGUUUUAGAAAUUACCCUGCAACCAUUCUAACAAAGCUACCUCAGAGGUACAGUGUACUGUAUCAGCAUAUCAGGUUUAUCCUUUGCUGUUCAUAUGUCAGUUUUGUCUGCAUAUUGUGUUUUUAUCCUGUUGCAUUGUGUAUCGUUGUGUUCUGUUGUUUUCCUUUAGUCGCUGUCGGCGACAUUCUGUCUGCCCGUGCUUACUUCUGGGCCGUUUUUUCAGUGUGAGGCUUUGUUCCUCCACUUGUAUUUGAGGCGUUGACCUCAUUUGUUUUGUUGAUGUUUUGUCCUCAUGUUGUAUCAAGGCUUUGUCCUUGUUUUUUAUAUUGAGGCUUCGUCCUCAUAUUUUAUAUUGAGGCUUUGGCCUCGUAUUAUAUUGAGGCUUUGUCCUCAUAUUUUAUUUUGAGGCUUCGGCCUUGGAUUUUAUUUGAGUCUUCGUCCUCAUAUUUUAUUUUGAGGCUUUGGCCUCGUAUUAUAUUGAGGCUUCGUCCUCAUAUUUUAUUUUGAGGCUUCGGCCUCGUAUUUUAUUUGAGGCUUCGUCCUCAUAUUUUAUAUUGAGGCUCCAUCCUCAUAUUUUAUUUUGAGGCUUCGGCCUCGUAUUUUAUUUCGAGGCUUCGUCCUCAUAUUUUAUAUUGAGGCUUUGUCCUCAUAUUUUAUAUUGAGGCUUUGUCCUCAUAUUUUAUUUUGAGGCUUCGGCCUCGUAUUUUAUUUGAGGCUUCGUCCUCAUAUUUUAUAUUGAGGCUUCAUCCUCAUAUUUUAUUUUGAGGCUUCGGCCUCGUAUUUUAUUUCGAGGCUUCGUCCUCAUAUUUUAUAUUGAGGCUUUGUCCUCAUAUUUUAUUUUGAGGCUUUGUCCUCAUAUUUUAUAUUGAGGCUUCGUCCUCAUUAUUUUAUAUUGAGGCUAUGUUCCUCAGUUUGAGGCUUUGGUCCUCAUUGUUCUAGGCCCCUGUUGCUUUGUUUGUACUGCUUAUUUGAUUUGUUUGCAGUGAUAUGUGUGUGGUUCUGUUUGUUGUAUUUUUGUCUAGGGUAACCAGAUGCCAAUAUUAUUUGGUUUGAAUUUCUUUUCACAUUUUUUGCCUUUUUUGUCUAUUUUUUAGUCUUUAUUCGUGCAAUCCGUUAUUUUGGUUUACAUGCAGCUACAUUAAUUUUAAUCUCCGGUUUUGUUGGCCCCCCUGUUUUGAUAUGUGUGGACAUUACAGUCCUGCGUUUAUUGUGAUGGGACAGUAAUACGUUGCUUUAUGCUUUACUCUCCAUGUCACAUCAGUGCUUUUAGCUUUGUUGUUUUUGAGGAAUUUACUGUUUAUUCGUUUUGUUUGGGAGAUCCUGAUUGAUUUAUUAAUUGGUUACACAUUGUUCUUUAAUCGUAGCACAUUCUGGCUUUUUUAAAGAAGUUGUUUUUAUAGUUUUUUCAUUUUACUGCAGGUUUCUAAGGUAUACACAUGCAGCUCCCUUUCAUGGACGCCUUUUCAAUGAAGCCAGUCUUGAGCAGAGUACCAACCAGCUUUAUCCAACCAUCUUCAGCUUUCCCUUGGCAUCUCUCUUAAGAAAGUCAAUAGCUCUGCAUUCUCUUUGGUUCCUCAAUUCAGUUCAACAUAGUAUGCCAGAAAUGUUCCAAAGAGUUGUACUGACAUUCUGCUGAUCAUUUUUCCAGGAGUUGCCUCUCUAGUGCCGGGCUACUCAAGAGCAGCUGCUGCGUCCCUUGGCAUGUGGCACCUACGUGUACAUCUACUUGGGCAGAACUUUUCUCAGACUACUUUGGCUUGCUGGGCAUUGUGAUUGGGUAUACAUGUAGUUCAAGUGUAUAGGACAUGUAUGUCAUUUGAUACUUAUGUGCUGGGCAGUGACAUUGUAAUAUGUAGAAUUCUCACCACAUGAGUCAGGGUCAUUCGGCCAUCUUACAGUAUAUUAAUUUUUUCACUUUAUUCACCUGUUAGUUUCCUAGGUGAUUUCUGCUUAUAGUAUAGUUUCAAGGUGACUGUGUGAGCAGGGGCCAUACAGCCAUCUCACAGAUUUUCAUUUGAAUCAGUUACAUCAGUGAGUUACGUCAGACUUUUUAUUAGUAUUAUUCAGGGUGACUGUGUGAGCAGGGGCCAUACAGCCAUCGCACAGAUUUAUUGUAAUCAGCUACAUCAGUUAGCUAUUUCAGACUCUUGAUAAGUAUAAUUUUGCAUGACUGUGUGAGCAGGGGCCAUACAGCCAUAUCACAAAUUUCCAAAUUUAAUCCGUCCAUUAUGUCACUGAGCUAUGACAAUUUAGAGUAAAUUGUUAUUAUUUAAAUUCAUGUUUACUGUGUGGGCAGGGGCCAUACAGCCAUCUUACUGAUUAAUUUUCACUUCUAAUUAUUUCAACCUGGUUUAACUUUACAGCUUUUAAACACGUUUGAGCUUCGUAUCGAUGUGGCAUUAGUGAUGUCGAUAUUAUAAGUUGACUGUGUGAGCUGACAGGCUAUGCAGCCAUUUCCUUUAUUCUAGCUACAGUAGCCCAUUUCUGUUGGUUACAUCAAUCCACCUCUGUAUCCAAGACUUAGGAAAACAUGACUUAAAACUCAUUUGCUUAUGUAGGCCAUUUUAUUCCCAUCUAGUGUCCAGUGCUUAGUGAAUAAGUGCAAUUUAUGAUGGCUGUGUGAACAAGGGCCAUACAGUUAUCUCAUUCAUUUUCACUUUUAAACUGUUAGUUAACUUAAGUGAUUCACACUUUUUGAUCUGUGUCAGAUACAAUGACAGUGUGAGCAAGGGCCAUACACCCCUCACAUUCAUUCAAACUUGUACAUUUCUGUUGGUUACACUGAUCCAUUUCAGUAAGCAGGGCUUUGUAAACAGCGUUACCAUUCUAUUACUAUAUGUUUAUGUGCAUAACCUCCACUGAACUAAACUGGUGGAACUAAGCUGUAAGUGACAGUGACAAAGAAUGUAUACAAUGUCUUAUUGCUAUGGACACACAUGAGCCGUUAUGGCAUUAGUUGACUCUAUUGUUGUAAGGUGUACACGGUUGGAUGAUUAUAAUACAUGUAUAUUCAUCUCAGCUCUCGCACAUUGACCCUUUUUAUUUUUAAUGUGGUAUCUUUCUUACCUUUAACCCCCAGAGGUUUUGUGUGACUGCAUUGGUUGGGGGAUACGUUCCCAGUUUUUCCCAUGUGGUUUUUCGGGUUUUCGUAUCAGGCGGCGCACACCUUUUUCCAUUGUACAUUUUGAUUUGUAGGUACCAGUAGUUUCUGUUGGCGGUCGUCUUGCUUUGGCCUCGGGUGGGGCGGCCCUUUCACUCGUUCCUUGCUCUGGGCUGUGGCGGGUGUGCCCUCACCUUUGCUGGGAUAAUGUUCUUGUGUAUCUAGUUUUCCCAGCUUUAUAUGCUUUAAUUUAAUAAACGGCCACCCCCGUGGCCAAAAUAUCCCAUAAUGGGAUUGUGAUUAUUUUGUGUCCCAGCAAACAGAGCUCACCCAAAGCGAGACUCCGCCAACAUCAAUAACUUUCGUAAUAUGUAAAGGAACAUGAAGCAUAAAUGAGAUUUAUUUCUGAAAGAAAUAAAUGGUUUUAUGCUUAAUGUGACUGAUCAUUAUUGUAUUUCUCCAGCUACCAGCAAAGGAGGGUUUCCUGUCAUCCGGGUGAUUUGUCACGAAAGUGUCAUUUAUGUCACGGGUCAUGUAAGUCACAGAAGCGAGGCACAAGGCCUCCUUCCUCGCAUUACAAGACAGUCAGAAACAUUUUUCCCUCCCUUCCCUCCCGUUAGCUUUAUUUUACCCUAGGGAGUGGCGGGUGUGCCCUCACCUUUGCUGGGAUAAUGUUCUUGUGUAUCUAGUUUUCCCAGCUUUAUAUGCUUUAAUUUAAUAAACGGCCACUCCCGUGGCCAAAAUAUCCCAUAAUGGGAUUGUGAUUAUUUUGUGUCCCAGCAAACAGAGCUCACCCAAAGCGAGACUCCGCCAACAUCAAUAACUUUCGUAAUAUGUAAAGGAACAUGAAGCAUAAAAUUAUUUUAUUGUUAUUACUUAUUUACCAGUAAACCCUGCCCUUCGAAGCCGAAGACUGAUGGCGUGGGCCAGUUAAAUAUUACGAAAAAAGAAAAAUGCAAAGUACGUUUUUAGUUUAUUACAGGACUGUGAUUGAAUGAAGAAACGGACUGUUUAAAUUUAGUUUAAAAUUUUUCUCAAAGAAAGGCUGAGGCAGACAGUCACCACUGAGUGAUUGUUCUACUGGUAGAGUUUCCUGUUAUCAAAGACACCCUACUGAAGGCUGACCGGCUAUGCACAGCCUAAUUUACGAUAUAUGAUUAGUAAUACCUAAACCUUAUGAAAAUCUGAGUCCGAUCAUCGCAUCGCGGUUUUCGGAAGUUAUAGCGAAUGGCAGCUGUCUUGAGACGUUUUGAUGCGGUAGUUGUAAGCAACUCUGAAGGUUAAGGAACAGGAGUGGAGACUGACAGGUAUAACUCCUGUGUGGGUUUUCGAUUGAAUCUAAUUCUGUUGGAAGACCAGAUUCUUUUUCAGGAGAGAGCGACGGAAAACGGUCCUUGGGUCAUGCUAAAUGUAAAACCAUUUUAGCCACAUAUAAUCAGCCCCUACCACAUACAUAAGAAACUUCACAAGUUUCAACGAGGAAAAAAUCACAAUCUUUUGGCGUCAUGGCAAAUGUUGAGACAAGCUGAGAGCUGCUUUCAUUUCGUCCAUUCGAUCUGGUAUUUCUUUCCUGAAGCCGUUCCUAACAAGGGAUAGAAAUUUGAAUUGUCUCAAUAAGUUGGGAAAACAGCAAACUCUGAAAACGUCCAUAAAUAGAUUUCUCCAAGAACAGUUACAUGUAGAAGAACAGAUUCGUUCAAUUGACAUUUUUCGGUUGGUCCGUUGAAUUAAUCUCUAAAAAAGGACAAAUGAGGACAAACUGUCAAGAUUACAAUCUGCUGGUAAUUGAUCGGUAGCCCAUGAUCAAUGCAUUGUAAUCUCUCAUUGUUAUUAAUAACUAAUCAUAUUUUUCGACAACAUGAAGCUUCCUCUAUUCUUUCCAAAUCCAUUCUGGUAAAGGCUUGGAGACUUAUUUGAAUCACGAAGGUAAGGGUUUACUUAAUAGCUACUAUCUUAAUUUUUCUUUAAAUUCUCUCUAAAAGUAGAAAUACGUAGUUGAACCAUGAACAAUGUUUGGGUCGCUUUUCUUCUUAAAAUCAGAAGCACGUUUGAUUAUUGGACAUUUUCGAGUUGACUUUGAUUUUCCCCACUUUUUUCAUUUUUUUCAAAAACAGCGCUGUUUAGUAAUAAUUGAGUGGCGCUACUAAUUAUUUUGCUUUUUAUUUUUCGGGACUGCAACAAGAGUUUGAAGCAGUAGACCCCGUGAAAGGGAACAAAGUUUUGAGAUCAGACUAGACAACUGCAAUAUAAAAAAGGAUAAAACGUUCCUAUGUUUUACUACAAUGGCCUGGAUUUAAAAACUUGAUAACGUCCUAAAUGAGAUACGGGGGGCUUAUAUAAUGGAAAUUCUACUGUCUUUACCCUUUCUUACUUUUUUUUUCCAGGUUGUGUGGUUGUAAAACAAAAGAAAUGAAGACUUUUACAUUUCUCUUGUUUGUGUCCGUUUACAUAUUGCAGUUUUACGGUGAGUUAAAGCAUUUUUCCUUCUAAAACAAGCCUUUAUUUAAAAAAUAUUGACAUAAAAUGACACAAAAUGAAGACAGAUGAAGCCAUGACCGCGUUAUUAUUUCUUUUUCAAGUACUUGAGUAUCUAAAGUCAAUCAAAGGACUGUCCGCCCACCUUGAAUAAGCCUCAAAAGUAGUGAAGAAUAAAAAAAUGAAAGAAGGACUUAAGAAAAAAACGGCGGCGUUUGGUUAAGAAAUAAACGAGUUUCUGAACCGAAGAGUAAUGUGAUAUUUAACUGAUAUAAGUUGGUUAAAAGGUUUGGCUCCAAGUCACUGAUAACAGGUCCUGCAGAGAAGUGAAUAAUUAUAUGUUAUAUAGUACCAUCCAAGAAACUAAAUGUUUUGGUUUUAAUUUGAAAGAUUCAAUCUUCUUCACCGGCGUCAAUUAAAGAAGGUGUGCUUUUCGUUUCAUUCAUAAUUCCUUCGUCCAAUAAACAAAUAAAUAAAGCUAAUGACAUUUAUCAUUUAAAAGGCAAACUAGAGACACAUGGAUAUCUAAGGAAGAGUUGGUUUAAAAAACGUCUGUUUGGUUUUCCUUCAGCAAAACUAUAAGUUCUGGUACGUUCUGUAGAAAAAAGGUUCAUUAUAAAUAACCUUGGGGAAAAAAUUAUGAUUAAAAGGGAACAGUGUUAACAUGUUUUCACAUUUUCAAAGCAUUAGAAAAAAAUUAUUUUCAAUUGGUCAUUUUGAAAGUUUUGCCUUGGUUGAUGCAGGACAGGACCUGCUGAGCUUCCCGGUGGCCACAGAGUAGAAUUGUUUUCAAAUAAAAUUUUAAAUACUUCUUUGUAAAUCGUCUUGAAGUUGGAAAUUUAGGCCAAAAAAAUAAAAUCGAAUUACCAAAUGGGGCAAAUAUUUACUGAAAAGCAGACUGACCCGGCAAUAAAAAAGUAAUAUAUAUAAAUUGAUACGCAAUAUAUUUCCUGAUUUGAAACUGUAAACAAAAAACAGAAGAAGUCAAACUUACCAUGCAUGCAUGUACAAACAGCAGAUUAUAAAAAGAAAACAGUGGAACAAAUAUAAAAAUCAGCGAGUGAAACAAAAACAAAAUAGCAGAGAGAACAUCAGUAAUGUCUGAUGACAUAAGUCUUUUACGGGCCUCUUCUUCUGAAUAAGCCAGAAGAGGAAGAAACAUCGUUCAGAUGGCAAAAAAUAAAGUUACUAUAAAGCUGUUUUCAGUGACCCAUUAGCGCAAGUCGCUGCUAACCAGUGCAGGAUAUAGACGGCUAAUUCUUUUUUCGAGUGGCCAACAGAUCUCAGAUUAACUGUAGUAGAAUGAAUAGCUUAUCUUGCAUUAGCAAAAGGUAAAACAAGGCUUUAAUGAAAAUAAUGUAAUAAUUUGAAAAUCGCAUCUCAUAAAACGACGCUCUAUUUGGAGGUGACACAAGUGAUGUCAUGGAACCUCAGUGGUAUCGUUAUAUUAGUAUCAUUUCCCUCCUUUCACAAGAACAAAAAUUAACAGGCAUUGAGAUAAUCUCAAUUUUUUCCUGAAAAGGUGAAUCUACAGUUCUGCAAAGAGAGGAUCAACCUGAAGAUUCGAGUGGAUUCCAAGAACAAGAUGCCAAGGCAGUAGGGGAUGAGUUGGACGACGGUACGGAAGAAAUUGCUAAACCACUACGGAAAAUCGCCCAUUUUCCGUAGUGGCGCGUAUUGGCAUUAUUAUUUUACCAAGUGAAUAAGGUUUUUCUUCAUCUCCCACGGAUUGAAUUGGUUCUGAAUCAUCAAUAUGGCUACUUUCUUUUUAUGUUUUGGUACAUCAAUAUGGCCAAUGUGACCGAUCAUGCGGGAACACUCCAUGCCUUACAAAUUCAUUUAAUAGAUUCAUUCUAUUUUUUUUUUUUUUUGGCCUGAUUUAAUUCUAAACUUCUUGGUGAAGCGUACUUCCCCUUGGUACUUUUCCUUGUGUCGCUUUUCAAGUCCAGGAGUCAAUUUCAUAAAACUUUUACAAGUGUAAUUUACAAGUGUAGCUAUUGUUUUAGGGUCCGAAAACAAUAGUUUCCCUUGUAAACUACACUUAUGAAAGGUUUCUUAAAGUGAAGCCAGGUUCGGCCAACAAAAAUUAACGUAAAGCGUAACUUCUAACGCCUGGUGUUAAAACAAAGCGUUUGACUGAACUAAAGGUCAGAAGUUGAUUGAUAAGGCUAGCGUUACGAUUAAGCAAUUUUCCCAAAGAACAAACACUAUCGUGGAAGUUUGAUUAUUAUAAACUUGUAUGCUUAAAGGCCAAACAGAAACGGGGGAUAAGAAAGCGCUUCCUGCUCUAGCAAUGACGGCGUUGAAAAACCCCAAAGUUCAGGAAGCUGUUGUUGAUAAAGGAUUGGAAGUUAUGGGCAAACUGGUGGACAAACAGCUCAAUAUAAUCGACGAAGCUCAAGAAAAGGCUUCCAAGUUCUUGGCGAAAGAGGUGGGUGGUAGGGAUCUUGUGAGGAUAGAUUAAAGGUCAUGAAAAAUGAACCAAACUUGAUUUCCACAUUUUUUAUUUUAGUUCAAUUCUAGUGAAAUGUGUAUAAUAUGAACCAAAUAUACAUACUAUAAAGUUUCAGCUCAAUUGAAGCAAGCAUCUCCGAGAUAUUCGAAAUUUAAAAUUGCUAUUUUUUGGCCCUUAACUUCGUAGAACGGUCGGAAAAAUUGUCGGCAAAAACAGCUUGUGGUGUCAAUGUUGGUCAGGUGAAAAAAAAGCGGGAAAUUCAAAACAGUGUUUUUGAGUCGAUAUGGCGCAGAAAUUAUGGUUGGUUGUGCGCCCAUAACUGGAAAGAACAAGCAAUUUGUCUUCAAAAGUUGCAAGCUGUGGUUAUAACCUUCUUAUUAUUUAAUUUUCUCGAAGAAUACAUCAAAGUAAAACGGACUUAGAUGAUAUUAAAAAUUUCCUUGCGUUGUACUGUAAAUGUGCGUGCGUAGGUCCGGUUUUGUUCAAGAUGCAUUCAAAAAUUGUGGUCAUGUAAGUAAGGUCCUGGAUGUAUAAGGUCCGAAGCUCCACCGUGGACACAAAAACAAAAUAUCUUAUUUGUAUAGUGAUUUAAUUACCCAAAGAAAUUCACGCUUGCCCACAAUGUGUUUGAAGUCAUGGAACUUCGUCACACUCGAGCUAAUGUUUUAAAACCGACGCUCGAUCGGACACUUGUAGCUUCGCAUAUCACUAAAAUCCUCAAUGUAGAAGUUUUGGCGUUGAUAUUUUUCAGUUAUGUUUAUGAUUUAAUUACCGACUUAGGUCACUUUAGGGACCAUAGACGCCACUUUAAGUGCGCAUGAAGAGGUGCGCAAGCAGGGAACAAUUCCAUCAUGCACAAAAUUCAGCUUAAGUGAGCUAGAAAAAGCUUCAAUAAGGUUUCAAAACAACAAAUUUUCAAAAAACAUAAUGCUUAAGGCUGUCAUACCUGCUGACAAUGAGGAAGUGAAUUUUCUGUAUGAAACUAACCUGUCUUAAGAUCUUAAAAGCAAAAGAUCAGUUGCAAGCUUCGCCGGCAGCCAAGCCAUGAUUCACCAUGAGCUAUUUUUAAUAACUGGUCCAUGCGUGGGGUCUUCAUUCAAGCAAAUUAAACUGAGCAAACUGAAUCAUUAAAAGAUACAGAAAACUGCACAUAAGGGUUUUUUUGCUCGCUUCAUUCAAAUCAAGAUCCAGCAAUUGUUUACGGGCAAAGAGACAACCGUUUUGAAAUUACUGCCGGCAGUUGUCGUGGUCAGCUACUUCACAGCGAGUGAAAAGGAAAAUUUGCGUACAAAAAGAAAACAAAACUAUGUAAUUAAAAAUGAAACAAGGAAAAAAAAACUCUGACUGUUAUUACUUGAGCAACAGAAAAAUGAUCGAAGUAGUCUUUUCUUCUCGAGUAAGCUUGCUGGUCUUCUAUAGUUCCGAGAAAGUUUUAAGCGCACAAGUUUGUUCACUCGCAUGCGUUAGCAUUACAGUUCUUUGACUGAAGACAGGGAUAAAGCUGGUUCUCUGCAAACUAGGUAAAUAAGUCUGCGCAUGUAAAAAAAGUAAACGUAACAACUAAUAACAGAAUACAAGCGGGUUUUAAUUCAACCCGGCGAAAGAAAGCAAAGCACUGGACACAAAAUCAACUCACAAAUCGAAUGCACAAUUAUCAGAAGAAUACAAACCUCUUUGAAAAUGUUCCGAAACAUCAUAUUCCACCUCAGACUGACGCAAUGAUCCAUUUUUACUCUAACUUGGUUCUUCUGAAUCCAAAGUAAUUUUUAAGUGACGAAACAACAGCAACAACAACAAAAACAAAUAGAGAGGCUUAAAAGGAGCAAACGUUCGCACCUCGUGUAUUUCAUUCAGUCUCAGUCAGAACUCUCACAGAACGACACAAAAACGUUUUCGAGAAGUCUUCGUUAAUGCUCGGAUUUUGAUCUUUAAUCUUUCUAUAAAUUAAAGGCUUGCGAAGAAAAAUCUUUACCCAAAUCUCACUUAAAAUAGUUUCUUUUAGCGUUUGGUGAAGGUAAUUCGAUAAAAGAAAAUAUUUCAAUUUUUUGGUUCAUUUGACCUUUUAAUCUCUCUCAGACGGUGUUAACGAAAAAUAGUUUUAUUGACUUCUGCUACAAAACAAAAUAAGAUAAGAAAGAUUUUGGCAAAUAAAAUAAAACUUUGUUUGAUAUGUCCGCUUUUCCAGGUAUGCGAAAUACCUGUUUUGUUCGCUCUGAUUAUUUUUGUAUUGUCUAUAUUUUUGCUAUAAUUGUAUUUCAAUUAUAUAGGAAAUGUUUUUAACGCUAUUUCCUUCGCGCACUGUGCCUGUACGUAACGAUCCUUAUCCGGUAAAUAAUUUUACAGGCGUUAUCAGUCUAUUAAAGACAUACAUAAGUACAAUAUAUACAGCACCAGGGAUAAAAUCUAACUCGUUACUAGUCGUUUAUCACAACCUCUCCUUAGUGGCGGCGGGGGGUUAUGGGAAAAUAGAAAGCUCGCGCCGUGCGUGUUACGUGUGCGAAGACGACUGAGGACCAGUCAGAGAUAAAAUAUAGUUUAAAAUCAAUCAUCCAUCUUUCCGAGGAUCAUGGUUGUUAUAUGUGACCGUAUGGUAAACGUUCAGCUUUUCAGGUUUGACAAGCUGAGGAAGGCCCUGUUUUUUGGCGUGUGAAACAGAGCCGAAAAUCAUCCCUGCUCUUUCAUGCUAAUUAAACACUAGCUACAUGAUAAGUUUAUUGUUUGAAGUAAACCUUGAGUAUUUAUUGAACUGGAGCUCCGCUUUUAGUCUUGGCUGAAUUAUUACCGUGUGAACUUCUAUCACUGACGAUACCACUAUUUAUUCACAGAUCAAACUGGAUAUUAUGCCUGAUAAAGGAUGGAGCACCCCCGAUAUGUUCGUACCCCCGGGAUACCACAUGGGUGCGUCAAUCUCCGACAUAGAUCACCCAGAGCCGGAACAUGGAGAACAGCCGUUUACUUACGCUCCUAACAUGGGUUUGGGAUACGUCAUGAUGAACGGUUGCUAUGGUACCAAUUAUACUCCAAGUGAUGCAUGCUAUAACGCCAAGUUUGCUUCACCUAUCUGCCUUGUAAGAGAAAACACGAUUUUAACUACAGUCUGAAUUGCCAGUGCCAAGUUUUAACCUGCCAUAAGCGGACAAAAUUGUUGCCUUCCACUUAGACGUUCUUAGGGCUUCUCGAACCCUAAUAACUUCUGUGUGGAAGGCUACCAACCUAAAGACGUCGAAGAAGUGUACACUGGGAGAAAAUCCGCGUAUGGGAGGUUAACGAAAUUUAGAAAAACAAAGUCUUCAUAAGCCCUAAGAGAAAAAUUAUUUGGCAGAUUAGUUAACACCUAAUUUGAAAGUACUGCUAUAGUUCAGAGGAAAAUGUAACUAGUCUUGUAAAACCGUUUUCAGAACAUGAUUGAUGGAGCCGCUUUUAUGGGAGUUGGGUUUGAUGGUCGAGGAAAAUACAGUCCAGAAUCCAGAAAAAUGAGUAUAUCGAGGUGUUUUGCUUUUCAAAGCCUGCAUUCCUAUUUUCGAUCUCCAAUUUUUUAUCAGUCUUAUCACGAAGCGUCUAUUUGUAACACGUACUGUCACAGUGGACGUCUCUAAAUUUUGACCCUUCCCUGUAACUAAAUGAGCAGAGCUUGCAUGAUGCCCAAAUUAACCGGUAGCUAGUUAACUCACUUUACAGAGUUUAAACGCUAUAAGAGAGAUGCUACGUAUUCUUAUUUUAACUACCCUAUGCUUUUCUAGUAAGAUUUUCUCGACGAGGAAAUGUUGGUUUUCAUCAAGCAGCGUGCGUUACAUAUCAUUAUAAUGAAACUUUAGACAAAUAAAAUUAAAUUGAGAUUAACAAAUCUUCGAGGAUUUUAAAUUAUAAUUGUCUUAACUCCCCUUUGGCAGAUAUGAUGAUUUGGAUGUACCAGACACAAUGAACGUACAUGGUGUUUACGAUACCUCUGCCUACAUGUUGACUUUUGAGAGUCGGUCGGAAUAUCGAAGAUACAUCCAGCAGGAAGCAGGUGUCUCUGGUUCAAUUUUUGGGUUCUAUGCAGGUGUGAAGGAGGCUUAUGGAAGCUCUUCGUCUGGAGCGAGUCAGACUUUUCUGUCUGUUCUGUAUGUCGACGUCGAUAGGUAAGUCAAAUGGAAUUUUUCAACUUGAAGGGGAUGGGAUUCGGACCGUUGAGGCGCGCGUAUUAGGUUUGAGGUGAAGCACUUUUGCUCGAUUUUUGGUGCGGUUUUGCAGAAAUGUUAUUUAUUUUUUAGAUGCGGUAUUGCGGUUUUACAAAACUAAGCGGCUUGUGGUAUUUAGAAAUUUUCGGGUAAUUUCAAUGCGGUUUGCGGUUUUCUUAUGUUAUUAGAGAGAGAUUAAUAUUCACGUUUACCGCAAACAGUAAACGUCAGACUCAAGUUGAGAAGUCUUUAGAAUAGAAUAUAAGCAGAUAAAAACAGCCCCGAACGAUUCCUAUGGUUAAAACUGGCGUAAAAAAAAUAAUGGAAAAACUUGGUCACGUGGUACAAAUUCACGUCUUGCCGUUUGGCGUAAGCGUGGAUCUUAAUCUCUGUAUUCUGUGCGGUGUUUAUACGUAAUUCUGUGCGGUUUUGCAGCAUUAGUGCCCCCCUUACGCCCCUCUCGACUUUAAACAACUUUAAAUGACUUGUAGUUUUUCUUUCUGGUAAAGAUUUAUUCUGUCGUGUAACCAGUAGUGUCAAUCAUAACCUGUUUAUGGUCCAACGGCUUAUACCGGCGGAGAAGACUGUCUAUGAGAGAGACAAAUCCAGAUUGUGUCAAAUUGAAAAUCACGACAUUUUUCAGAAGAUUGUUUGAACUAGUUUUUUUAUCGCCAGUACAUAUAAUAAAUAGUGUGGAAAAUAAGCUCCUACGCAAUAGACACUGAAAAAAAAAUGCAUCGCCAAACUUAUGAAUACCUGAGAGAUAGUGAAGCACCUCUGGUGAUCGGAGCGCCUUCUUUAUUAAUGUUUGUUCUAUUUUCAGGUAUGAAAUUUUCAUGGACGAGGUAAAACCACAGGAUUUAAGUUUGUCAUUCCUCCGUGAAUUUAUGAAUUUACCAAAUUCCUAUUUUGAGGCUGGAGCACCACUGAAAUAUCGUGAGUAGAAAAAUGUCACAGUGAUUUUUAAUAAUUUCAGUGACCUUCCAGAAGAACUAGGGUACAUUCCAUUGUAAGCUAUUAAGAUCAAGACAUACUAAGAUCCAUGUUGGCGAACUCGUUUACUGGUAUUCACCCCCUUCUCGAGCUUACCCAUGUGUCGUGAUCUUCGCAUGGGAAUCUUCGUCCGUAUACAUAUACUGGUUGCAAUGCUCCUAAGAUGUGGGAAACUGCAAUGGAGGACAGAAGAACUUAGGGCUGUGUGAAAAAGUCCUUCCAAGUAAUUGUUACGUAGAAGCCUGCUCCUAAUAAUCAUUUUUUGUUCGGCUUUGGGUUCAUCCCGUCGUCCCGCAACUCCCCUCAGCAAUGUUGUGGUAAAAAAAGCACUCAUUUCCACCCAUUUUGUGCAAAAUUCAUCUUUGUUUGUGGUGGGAGGGGACCGGACGGGUACGUUUUUGAGUAAUAUCCCUUGAAAAGAUCCCAACACUGCUCCCAACGACAAUCUUUUGUUCAGCUUUGGGUUCAUCUCGUCGUCCCCAACUCCCCGCAGCCAUGUUUUUGUAUAAAAGGCACUCAUUUCCACCCAUUUUGCGCAAAAUUCAACUUUGUUUGGCGUCGGAGGGGACCGGAGGGUAGCUAGUUUUAGUAAUAUCACUGGAAAAGGUCCCAACAAUGCUCCUAACGACAAUUUUUUGUUCGGCUUUGGGUUCAUCUCGUCGUCCCCCCACUUCUCCCCCCAGCAAUGUUGUGGCCUAACAUUAGCACUCAUUUCCCCCCACUUUGCUCAAAAUUCAACAUUGUUGGGGGUGGGAGGGGAAGGGUCGCUAGUUUUAGUAAUAUCACUGGAAAGCUCCCGACACUUUGACCUUCAUUGUGUUUUGGAGAUUCUAAGACUGAGUAAUUUAUAUUGCUGGUAAUUAGUAACUGUUGUUGUUUAUAGUGAAGCGCCAACUGUUAUUUGUAUGUCUUCAGUUGUUACGUUUUGGUCAGUGUAACGUCAUCACCACAAUGCGUCUCUGUUAUGUGGGUGUUGUGUAGUCUUGCAUGCAUGAGCAACGUCGUUUUAAUCUUGAAAAAACGUCCUUCUGGAAUUUUCAUAGUAAGAACACCGAGUCUUGUGCUUCUUGGAUGACCUAAUGAGUAUUUUUCCCCACUAGAAUGUUCGUAUAAGUUUAGAGUACGCAACCCUACCUUGACCAAAACCAGUAAGGUUCCCGAAUAAUAUUCUGAAUGAAUCCAAUACCUUACUUGUCUCAUGCAUAAAUCUUUCAGUUCUUUCCAUACAAGAUUUAUACUUAAGUCUGAGUUGUACAAAGGUUUAUUCUUGUAACAUGCACGAGAAGACCAGUGGUAGGAAUUUGUCUGAAACAAAAGAAAAAUCUAUAACCAGUCACAAUAAGUUAUAGUGAGUAAUUUCAUUACUCUAAUUAUCCAAAGCACAGAUGAGAGCAACAUCUAAGUUUAAUCACGAAUCUGAUUAUGCAUUUAAUUUUCAAGGACAGAAAACUUCAUUCAGCGUUGGGGAACGCAUUACAUUAAAUCGGCAAAGUUCGGAGGACAACUUCAGAUAAGAAAGACAAAGCAGGCCGAUCAGAAGGAAACUAAGACACAGUUUGCUGAGAAAAUGGAGGUGGAGUAUAAGAGUCUUUUCUCGAGUGUUGGAGCUAAAUAUAGUAAAGAAGAGGGGUACCAACAGCGUGAGCAGGUGAAAACUUCAUCCACAUCAAUAAUGGCCCAGGGCGGAAGCCAAGAGAUUGCCUCCAUUCUCUCUGAUGCUUACUCACCAACAUUCAAGACAGAGUUCAAGGAGUGGCUGCAGUCGAUUCCUCGGUACCCCAAAGCGUUUAAAUUCUUGAUGGGAUCAAUUGUUGAUCUGGUGAAUUUCCGAUCUCAUGACUUGUUUCCUGACGAGAAGGUAAGUAACACUGAAUAAUAACUGCUUUAAAAUGAUCCAUUAUUUUUAUAGGCCGCGUCUGCUUUUGUGUCUUGGGCUAAAUCAGGUAAAUGCUCUAGCUUUUAUUAAAAUAGAUUAAAGUUGGGAAAACUGCUUAAAGGACUUUAGAAUGAUAAAGACGUCGUUUUAUUUCAUCGACCGUCGUAGUUUUCAGGGGUCAAACUAGAUCAUAAAGUGCAUAAUAAAUUACUAUAAAAAUUUUUCUAAAAGGUCAGUGCCCCCUCUGAAGAGAUGAUUGAGGGGCUCGAGCGCGCGAAGCAUGCACAGUUGAGCACCGUGGGUAAGAAAAUCUAUGCAGCCAAGGAAAGUUUCAAAAUCGUACGUACAUCCGUCCGUCCGCACCUCCAUCCGCCCUCUAUCUGUGUUUAACUUGAUAUGAGACAAAUGUUAUAAUUAAUUGAAAUCCAGUGAUCAGUGUGACACAUGACUGUAUUGCAGGAUCAGGUAAACAACUUAUUGAGGUGACGUGUUAAUAAAGUUCUUUGCUAAGUAGUUAUCUUAUUCAAGUGAUCGCCGGCUCAGAAAACUGUGCUUCAGAAUCAAAAACUAAAUUUCUCAAAAGUUACCACGAAAGCUUCGCUUUUUGCCUCGGCUGAGGCUGAUUACUGAUACAGGCGCCAACUUUUUUCCUCUUCGCCACUUUUUCCACUGCCUAAACUAACUCCAGUUCAAUCGUUCAUAAGGCUAAUAAUUCACCGUCACAUUUCCUUUC